GCGUUGCCUAGGCGACGGUAGGGCCCGCUCACGAUACACAGCCCGGCCUGGCUUCAGCCAGCAUCUCUCUGGGCUCCAGGUAGGUUGAGCGGCCGCCAGGGAGGAGGAGUGGGUUACCUGCCGUUGCUAGGCAACUGCCUUGCGCCUCCUUCCUCCCCCAUAUCUGGCACCCCGCCCGAGAGAGGGAAGGGACUGACCUCGCUGUUACCCUCUUUCUAUUUCCCCUUCCCAUGGGGUAGCUGCGUUGUACAUCCUCUUCCUUGCCCUAUGCAAAGAGGGGUUGCUUCUCCACACAACUUAGGAGAGCAUGCAUGAAGUCUCUUACCCCGGAUUAGUUACCCCGCUUUAGCCCACUGUUUCUUUUUAAAAACACACACACAAAAACUGAGGUGCUUCGGCACAGUCCUGGCCAUUGUGGGGUUACUGGCUUGUUUUGCUUUUGCUGCGCUGCAAAUUUUCUGUUUUCUUUAUGUGUUGUGAACUUCUGAUGAAGGGCAGCGUACAGAUGUAAUAAAUCAGUAAAACAAACUUUAAAAUGUCUACUCGGAGGCAAGCCCUAUUGAUUUCAGUGGAGGUUACUCCCGGGUAAGUGAGGUUAGGAUUGCAGCUGUUGUAGAAAAGAAGGUGGACAUUUUUGCUGCACUUUGGGGGGGGGGGGAAGGUUUUUUUUUUUUUUAGUGUCCCCUGAAACCAGAUUUCCACACCUGUGUCCAUAUCUCAUUUUAUUUCUCUUGCUGUCUUUUCCGUGGUUGCAACCGUGCUCAAGGUGGCUUACACGGCGCAAAAAGAUUUACAUAAAUACAAAAGUAAGUAAUAAUAAACAAUGAAUAAAACACAUCAAAAAGCACGCAACCAAAUGGAACCAUUUCCACGUAAAUCGUAACAGAUUUAAAAAUAAAGGUACAAAAAGAGAAAAACCCACAUCAAAAAGUACAUAAGGCGGGGAGCAGGUUUUUCAGGAUUCGCAGCCAAGAUGGGACUUAGUUUGCUGCUUAAAAGAAUUUGUAAUGGCCUUAUAAAAUAUAAAACAAAACCCUCAGGUUUGAGGUGGCUGGAAGGAGGCGGAAGGGGACAGAAUGACUGGAGAUUGUGACCUGUGUCAGUGAUUGUAAGUGUGGAAUCAUAAUAUAUUGUUAAGGAAUGCUCCUUUGUUUUGGAUUGUUUAAUGGGAGUUCUUUUGGAAUAUUGUUGUUUUAAAGUUCUUCCCAGGUUUGCCAUAUACUGCAAAUUUUAGCAUUAUUAAUAAUAGUGAUAACAUACAGCCUUUUGGGUGUGUCACUGUUGUUUCUGUAUUGCAGAUUUCUUUGUUGGGGUGGGCAAGGGAAAAUAGUUGUGUGCCUGAGGUCACCAGGUGAUUUUGUGUGGGACAUUUCAGUGAGGAAUUUUGCAUCUCACAUCCUUGGACGCUGUACUAUGUGUGUCACAGGAUCUUCGAAUCCACUGGAAGCAAACUGGAAGGAAAUAUAGGGCCUUCUCUGUGGCAGCUCCUAAACUGUGCAAAGUCCCUCCCCAAAGAGGUAUGUCUGACACCUUAGAGUCAGAGAAUUGUGGAACUGAAAGGGAGUCCAAGGGUAAUCUAGUCCAACUCCCUGUGUUGGAAUUCGCUCCUGGUUUUCAUUAAAUCUUUAUUUAUUCUUAUGUUGCUUUUUGUUCGCCAUGGUCCCCAAAGUUGUGAAUACUUGGAAUAUAAUGAUAAAACAGUAAAACACAAUGCAAAUAAUCAAAAUCUCCAUAUAUGUGCACGCUUAUAAAUAUUUAACAGUGAGGAGGAUACACAUAAUAGCCUAGUUAUUGGGAAAAGCUGUAUGAAAAUACAGCAAUGGAAGAGGCAGAUGCACUUUAUGAGGUGGAGGAUUCCAGAGAUUGGGGGUUGCUAUGGAGUCCUGCGUAUUCAUUUAUUUUAACUAUUGUUUAUACGGCUUAAUAUUUUAAAAAGUGGAGGGGGGAGCCAUGUGCUUUAAAUGUAUGGUGCAUAUGUGACCUUAGACUGAGGAAAUGGAAUAGGGCGGAAAGGUUAACACCGCCCCUCCUACCUCUGCCUGAUCCAAUUUGAGUGGCCCUGCAGCUCUUUCCAACUAAAUGUAGAAAUACCAGGAGAUUCAGUGGAAAUGGUUCAUCUGUUUGGUGCUUGCAGGAAGCUGGCCCAGCUUCCUCUGCCCCAGAGGCUCCUCUCUCCAGAUGUAAAUAGGAGUGGUGUGGCAAUAUAUACUACAUGGUCCUUCUGCUCCCCAUCCUCGCCCUAUACCACCUUCACCACCCCGGGAAUGGGAAAGCUGGGAAUCAACUCUCCACAUGAACAGAGCUCCCUGCAUGUAGAAAGGUAGCUGCUUGGUCCUCUCUGACACUUGUAGGAUGCCUGGAGAUCAUGCCCCAUGUGCACUCGGGUGAAGCAGAACCACAGGACUUGUGGAAGUUUGAGCCGCAACCGUUCCGUUCCCUUCCCAGUUAUUCUUCCACACUGAUUCCCCGCUGUCUUUGAAUCACAGGAUCUGAAACUGGAGCUGAGAACACAUGAACUGGCGCAAAAUCGGAUGGGACAGGAGGGAAGGGGAGAUUCUCCCCCUUAUCCCCACUUUUGUGUUAUCUAAGGAAACAGGCAUUCCCAAACCUAAAAUACAUAAUUUUCCUCUUGGUUCUGUAGCCUGUUUCAUGUGGGCCUAUCAAGGUGAUGGCUCUGGAAGUUAACAUUGUUGAACACUGUCUUUCCCAUUUAUUCUGACAUUUAUGUGUCUGGUUUGUCAGCAGAUAAUUAUUUUGCUGUCCUCUUGUCUAGAUCCUGUGCUGUGACCAUUAAGCUGCAAUGCUCAGAAGAUGAUCCAAAGUGAUAAUCAAAACCAGAUUCCUUCCGAUGAAAUCGUUAAAGAGCUGGUAACUCUUUGAUUUAUUAUUGUAAUUGAUUGUAUAGUUGAUCGUAUUUUAUUUGACUGUGUUUCUUUUCUGAAUAUGAUUGAGGUCCAGGGUACUUUGACCUUCGUCUAAGAAACACGAGAAGUGCCCUUUUGGCUCAAACUAAAACUUCCUGAUACAGGGCUGCCUUCAGAUGUCUUCUAAAAGUUGUAUGGUUCUUUAUCUCCUUGACAUCCACAUUUAAAAUUGUAUCUUAACCCGUAUUUUAACUGUUUUUUUUCUUUUUCUAUUAUGUUUUAUUGUAAUUUUAUUGGUGUUAGCUGCCCUGAGCCUGGUUCUGGCUGGGGAGGGCGGGGUAUAAAUAAAAAUUAUUAUUAUUAUUAUUAUUAUUAUUAUUAUUAUUAUUAAACAUAGCCAAUGACAUCAAUGACACAUUUUGGCAUGUGCUUGACUUCUCCUUCUCAUCAAGAAGGAGGUCAAUAACAGUGGUUGUGUCUCUCUCUUUUCUUUCAGUGUACCUGUAAUGGACUGUCUUAUGACAGAAUUGACCUAGAGGGAUCUUCGGUGAGGAGUCUGGAGAUGUUUUUCUCUGGCUACUCCAGAAUAGUAGGCCUGUCGCAUUUCCCCAAUUUAACAAGGCUGGUUCUCGUCAGACAGGCCAUCCAAGAGAUUUCUGACCUGCAGUACUGCCUGGUACUUAAAGAGCUAUGGGUGGCCGAAUGCUGCUUGACAGUAAGUGGGCUUAAUAGGCUUUUAUUUUAGCCUUUUAUUUUCCAGUGGGCAAGGAAGGGUGGAUGGACCCUUGACCAACUGGCUUUCCUCUCAUUUUGAAGUCCAGGAGUGUGUGCAGGGGGUGGGCUGAGGGGGUGAAAGGGGUAAGGGAACUGAGUUUCCUGGAAAAGAGCACGUCUGAUUGGCUGGCUGGAACAUCUUUUGUGGGCCUGCAAUUGGUGGGAUUUCCCCAGACAAAGUAAUUUUACUCAAGCGUGCACUUUUCUCCCUUUUUCGGCUGGUGCUUAAAACUGACGCACGCUCCCUUCUUUUCAGAAGAUCGAUGGUUUGCAAAGAUGUGCUUUGUUGCAAAAGCUUUACCUCUAUUGCAACAGGAUUUCAACUAUUGAGAAUCUGGAGAAGCUAACAAAGCUGGAAGUUGUUUGGCUUAAUGGGAACCAGAUUAGAGAAAUAGAGGUGAGCCUGGGGUUUUGUUUGUUUGUUUUGGCCAUUCAUUCCUGUCUGACUCUUCUGGUUGGGGCAGGACAAUUUGUGCAUGUUAUCACAGUGAUGCCACAAGCACCUUCGAACAGGUGUCCUUGAGAGCCAGUGCAGUGGAAUAUUUAGAGUUUGGACCAGGGCCAGGGAGACCAGCGUUCAAAUCCCCACUUGGCUAUGAAGCUCACUGAGUGACCUUGGGCCAGUCACUGCCUCUAGUCCUACCUCACAGGGUUGUAAGGAUUAAAUGAGGAAGAAGGGAACCCCGCACACUAGGGCUGGGCGAUACCUGGCUUUCAACAUCACAAUAUAUCACCAGCUGAACAUCAUGAUAUAUCGAUAUAUCACAAUGUCUGAAAUAAGGAUGGAAUUACCAUAUUUUUCGCUCUAUAGGAUGCACCAGACCAUAGGACGCACCUUGUUUUAGAGGGGGAGAACAAGGGAAAAAAAUUCUCCCCCUCUUUGCUCAGUGCCCCUUCAGCAAAGCGGCAGGAGAAACGGAGCCCCUUCCAUUUCUCCUCCCGCUUGGCUGAAGAGGCGCUGCACAGCUCUCCCUCUCUGCUGAAGCUGGGAGGGUCUUGCUCUCCCGGCUUCAGCGAAAACAACGCGAAGCCUCCGGAGCGCAGCGGAAACUCGUGCUGCGCUCCCACUGCGCUUCGGAGGCUUUGCGUUGCUAUCGCUGAAGCCAAGGAGCCUGCAUUCGCUCUAUAGGACGAACACACUUCCCCUUAAUUUUUGGAGGGGAUAAAGUGUGUCCUAUAGAGCAAAAAAUACGGUACAUAAAGGCGAAGAGCAGAGCUGGGCUAUACGUGCUUUUCAACUUCGCGAUAGAUCACCAGCUAAACAUCGUGAUAUACUGAUAAAUCACAAUGUCGGAUAUAAGGAUGGAGCUCUGUAGAGGCUUUGGUUGGCUUCACGGUUUCCCCCACAUUGUGAUAUUUGCAUAGCACACCUACCGACUUGCCCACACCAUAUAUUUCCAGGUCAAAAAUUAUGAAACUAAUAUCACGAUAUGGACUUCAAACCGGUUUUGGACAAUAUAUUGAGAAAUCACCCAGCCCUAAUUCACACCAUCUUGAGCUCCUUGGACGAAAAGAAGGGAUAUAAAUCCAAUAAAUUAAAUUCAUUAGUACAGGGAUGGCCCAGCCAACAUUCAUCUCCUGUGUCCUGUUUGCCUAGGUAGUGCUGAGAAGCUUAAUUUCAAUUGUAGAUGUGCUAAAUGAUCUGGAACUUGCUGAGCAAAGCAUGUGACAGCUGCAUAUGGUCCCUGCAUAGCAAUGCAAUCUUGGCUAGACACAGAACAGUUGAAACCACUGAGCCUCUUGGGCUUGCCAAUCAGAAGGUCGGCGGUUUGAAUCCCCGUGACGGGGUGAGCUCCCGUUGCUUGGUCCCAGCUCCUGUAAACCUAGCAGUUCGAAAGCACACCAAAAGUGCAAGUAGCUAAAUAGGUACUGCUCUGGCGGGAAGGUAAACGGUGUUUCCGUGCGCUGCUCUGGUCUUGGUGUUCCGUUGCACCAGAAGCGGUUUAGUCCUGCUGGCCACAGGACCCAGAAAGCUGUCUGUGGACAAACACCGGCUCCCUUGGCCUGAAAGCAAGAUGAGCUCUGCAACCACAUAGUCGCCUUUGACUGGACUUAACCAUCCAGGGGUCCUUUACCUUUGCUUCUGGGUAGACAUAUAUACGAUUGUGCCGUUCAGCUGAUUUUUUUAAAAAUUGGCGUUCUGUCUUUCCAGAGAACCCAGUGAACUGUGGUUCAGUAGCAGGGGCAGACUAUGGGCCUAUAACUGAGGAUUCUCACACCCAGGAAUCUUUUAAGGAAAGCCAUUAGACCAAAUUUAAGCCCAAGAAACUGCCCAAGAUUGUUGAGCACUAGUGAAGAGGUAGAGAACCACCUAAACUCUUUGUUUUCCCUCUGAAAGUUGUUAUCAAAGAGUUAUGUGGCACCGUAAAGACUUAAGAGAUUUGUUAUCGAUAAGCGGUUCUGGGCUGGAGCCCACUUGCUAGUUUUCGAAGUGCCACAGAAUGUAUUUAUCACAGCAUAUUAGAAGUGCAGUUUGGUCUUAACAUUUCCAAAAGCGUUUGUUCUGCUAACGUAAGUUGGCACAUGUCAUGUCUGAAGAACUAAACUUGAUUGAUUAAAAACCUCAUCAUUCUGUGAUCAGCACUGUCACCCGACAGGAAUAACCCUGCAUUUAUUAAAGCUUUGAGGUAUUCCGUGACCCUGAAGUCUGUUCCUUACAAAUGUUUACAGGGGCUGAGUACGCUGCAAAAAUUGAAGGAUGUCAAUCUCGCAGGGAAUUUAAUUGGCAAGAUUGGUAGGUGAUGCUUUUAAAAUGUCGAGUCACGUUUCUGCACAGCUGAAAGUGUAGAGGACAAGUCUUGGGGAGGGAACGUGGGCCGUUUUCUAAAUGAUACUGGGGGAGAAGAGGAAAACUGCUGUGCUCUAGAGCCAUUGAGGCAAAGGCAAGAAGAGACUGGGGACUCUCCAAAGCCCACUCAGCAGUUUCUGCACCGACAUUUGAUGCUAAGACUAAAGAUGGAAUGCAUGCGCCUUUCUUUGUGGGGCAAGGUUCCUGUGGGAAUGUUCAGGGAUGCAGGAGAGGAUAUAUUGUCUGAUUAUAUCCUUAUGCAACUUGUGUUAACAAGUUCCCCAAUUUCAGCAGAGUAACACAUUCCCCUUUAUUUUAAGCUUUGCAACGGCAGCGUUUGCUCAGGCUCGCUAAAGCCUCUGUAAUAACUAUUCUGGUAUUUUCCCCUUAUUCCCUCAUAAAAUAGAAGAGACGACACAGUCGUUUACGAAAGUAUAAAUAAAAAGAGUUUACUCACAUUCUGUUCACAAUCAGAUUCCAGAAGGCAGACUUAGCUUAAUGAAGUAAAAUACACUUGGAAUCUAUCUCUUAAGAAGACAGUCCCUUUGUCCUCUCUUGGCUGGAAGUCACAUGCAGAGGAAGUCUGUCCCAGCCCAGAAGUUUACCUGCUGGCUGGACAAACAUCCCUCCCCAUGUGUAAACAUGUUCGUUCUCGGAAUGUUGUACUUGACUGCUCUUGUGUUUCACAUCCCACAGUUCCAGACCCUCCCGGGAAGUGGAAUAAAGACACAUGAAACAGUAUUUUAGGUUAACGGACAGAAAAGGCCACAACUUUAUUGGUUACAGAAUGUGAGUGGUAUUGGCUUAGGCAUUGGAAACCACAAGACUAUGUCUGACUCCUGCCCAUCUGCAGGAGUGUUGAAAGAGUUGACCAUCUGAAGGCGGAGCCCUGCCGAUGCACAUCAACUAGGAACUCCCCCAGGGUCACCACUAGGGGUCGUGCCAUGGCCCUAGCCCCCCCGUCUGGGGCUUUGGACGGGACCACGCCCCUCAGAUUCCUUUAACGGAAUACCCUUGAAAUAGGAGGGGUGAGUGAUGGCCACUACCUCCCCUCCCCUUCAGCCUAAUACUCCAAUGCCUGACUGCCAAACCUGACAAAAGUUGUGACGAAUUGCUACGAGGUAGGCGAAAAACCAAAUGGCCAGUGCCAAUUUGCCAAGUGGGAAAAAUUCCUGCCAGGCCCCUGUUAAAAAACAGGCGACCAACCGAAGUCCAUAGCAAGGUCAGGAGAUAAAGAGCCUAACCUAAGGGAGGGGCGGGGGGAGAACUGACCGAGCAGGGAGAAAAGGAACAUGUCCUCGGCCGUGGGCACUUUAAAUAACCCGCGCCACGCCCCCGGACCAUUUGGAUUGGACAGCCUUGGGUUGAAGCGGCCGAAGACCAACCAAUGGUGCAGGGGCUAUCGUGCCCCAUGCGCGUGGGGAGGGCUUGCUCCCAGCCCGUAACGUCAUCUCCCCAGGGAUGGGAAAUGGCUUUUGUUUUAGUGUAUAUGGUCUUUAAAGGGCUCUGCGUAAUACUCUUCUGAAUUCUUCUUACCAAAUAUUGCUGGACUCCUGUCUCUCAUCGGCUCUAGUCAAAUUGGCCAGAUGAUGGGAGUUUUAGUUCAACAACACCCAGCUCCCUACCCCUGCCUUAGAAGAAUGUGAAGCUGGCGCAUUCUCUGUCCCAGCGGAAAUAAGUGAGGGAUGUUGUUUCUCAAACUGGAUAUGAAAAGAAAGUUGCAUGCUUCACACUCCUUCUGCUUUGCACCUGUCGGGGCUUCGGAAGUGUCUGUGGGUUGUUCUGCCCUGGUCUUGGUGGCCCCUUGAAGACUCACAACUGCCUUAUGACAUAAGACAUUUUAUGGAUGAGUGUCCACUUUAUAUGGCAAUAUGGUGUGAUCCUCGGCUGCAGGUACUGAGGAGUGCACUUAAAUGCACCCUGUGAACCGCCCUGAGACCUGCAGGUAUAGGGUGGUAUAUGAAUUCCAGAAAUAAAUGAAUCAAAUAAAAAAACACAUCCAAUGUAGAGGAUUCUGGUCCACGAAAGCUUUAUGUAAUAAUUUGUGAGUCUUUAAUCUGCAAUAAGGGACGCGGGUGGCGCUGUGGGUUAAACCACAGAGCCUAGGACUUGCCGAUCAGAAGGUCAGCGGUUCGAAUCCCUGUGACAGGGUGAGCUCCCGUUGCUCGGGCCCUUCUCCUGCCAACCUAGCGGUUUGAAAGCACGUCAAAGUGCAAGCAGAUAAAUAGGUACCACUCCAGCGGGAAGGUAAACGGCAUUUCCGUGCGCUGCUCUGGUUCGCCAGAAGCGGCUUAGUCAUGCUGGCCACAUGACCCGGAAGCUGUACGCCGGCUCCCUCGGCCACUAAAGUGAGAUGAGCGCCGCAACCCCAGAGUCGGUCACGACUGGACCUAAUGGUCAGGCGUCCCUUUACCUUUACCUAAUCUGCAACAAGACUCAUUUGCCAUGCAGCAACAUGGGCAAACACAGCUACUCUUCCCGACGCAGGAUGCGGGAGUCGCACAUACAUCAGGCAUGCACCUGAUACCAAAGUGGCCUGAAUAUAAGCUGCACCUGCAAAUAAACUGCACCUUUAAAAUUAAAGGCUUAUUUCCCAGCACUACAACCCCAAGCCGGUGCCAGGGGAGGCUUGGGAGCAGCGGGCAGGUGGUGCGCCACUGCCCCACGCUCCCAGGCUGCUUCCUUGAGAAGUGGAGAGCCGCGCAGUAAGGUCAUGCAGUAAGGUUGCAAAUAUAAGCAGCACUUUAACUUUUCAGGGCCCGAAUUUGGAAAAAAGUGCAGCUUAUAUUCAGGCCAAUAUGACAGGUAUUGUUCCAGUGCAUCGGCACAGGCCUUUCCGUAGGGCAGAUCCGCACCCUACAGCUAAAGUGCCUCUCUUCUCCCAAAGAAUCCUGGGAACUGUAGUUCCACGCUCACGAAGCUACAGUGCCCAGCAUCCUUGACAGACUACAAUUCCCAGGAUUCUUUGGGGGAAGCCAUUGGUGUGGCAUGUGCUUUAAAUGGAUGGUGUUGAUCUGCCCAUAUUACAAUUGGCUGAGAGUCCUUGGAAUGGAGCUAGGAAGAGAGUGCAGGAACAGGAACAAUCCCUGUCACACGUGACUUUCUUCUUCUUCUUUUUUAGGAUAUCGCUUGGAUCCCAGUGCAAAUAUAGAAAAAUUAAAUCUGUCUGGCAACCGAAUAUCAUCCUUUAAGGUCUGUGCUGGAUUCUGGCAUGGUGCUCAGGCUAAAUCCCUGCCUACUUCAUUUAUUUAUUUAUUUAUGUACUGCAUGUAUGGCAUUUCUGUCCAGCCCCUUCCUCCCGAAAGAGCCCAGGGCAGCAAACAUCAACAUGUUAAAAAAAUAAAAUUUAAACUAAAAAAUAAAAUUUAAACUAAAAAAUAAAAUUUAAACUAAAAAAUAAAAUCUAAACUAAAAUCAAAAGAUAUUUUAGCCGUAAAAAAAAUAAAAUCUACAAAUAUUUUGAGUACCUAAAAACAUUUAAAGGCAAUCGGGUAUCAUCAAGGUUGCUAAUAUUAAGUUUGCCACGGCCACUAUAAAACUACCCUGCACUCCAUAAAACUUAGGGAACAAGCUGUACUACCAAAAUGAUUAAAGUUUUAAAUGACAAUUUUAGGUUAUAUUUUAGUGAUCAAGAUUUAAUAUAUAUUUUUAACUGCUGCUAUAUCUGAAUUGUCUCUGCGAUACCCAAUUACAAUUGAAUGUAUUCCUGUUGUGUUUUAUGAUUUUCCUGAUAUUGUAAGUGAGCUGGAACUGGUCUGUGACCGUAAUAAUAAAAUUCAUUCAUACCCUGCCCUGAGGUCUCACCUGUGGCUCCUAGAAGCUGUCAGCAUGCGAUGGCAACCACACCCCAGGAAAUGUCUCCAACUGGCUGCCUAACCAAGGUGAGGGGAGCUGAUGGAUCUCAAACCCUUGGUGAAUUAGGGAUUUCCCCUACAUGUGAAGACAGGCUCAGGCAGAUUGAGCAGACAAGACCAAUAGCGGGUCCAUCAGUCAAGAAGGCAGUUUCUGCACGUGCUGUAGAGGGAAGUGAGGGGCAGGUGGGGCUCGUCCACCUGGGAAGGGAGCCCAUCUAGGAGAAGGGAAACUCUGAUCCUAAAAUGCCACUGCCUUGUGAGACACCUUCGAGAGAAGAUAGGGCUAAAACGUAAACAUACGCAAAUCCAGAGUGGAGUCCCCAAGACGGUUGGAUGGCGCCUUGUACUUCUGCAGCCAAGGUGGGUGUCAAAUAUCUUGCUCUGCUUUCCUUUGGACCACCUCAGCCAGGCCUUGUCACCUGAGUAGCCCAGGACCUCCAUACACUUCCCAGGCAUGUGUCCAGGGUGUGUCACUUCGCUGCUGCUAACGCAGGGGUUUGACUUCACCCCUGGAGAUGUACUCCAUUGUCUCUCGAGACAGAUGGAUGCCAGUAAUAAUAAUAAUAAUAAUUAAUAAUAAUUUAUUACUUAUACCCCACCCAUCUGGAUGGGUUUCCCCAGCCAUUCUGGGCGGUUUCCAACAAGAAAUAAAAAAUACAUUAAAACAUCAGUCAUUACAAACUUCCCUAAACAGGGCUGCCUUCAGAUGUCUUCUAAACGUCAGAUAGUUGUUUAUUUCUUUGACAUCUGGUGGGAGGGUGUUCCACAGGGCAGGCGCCACCACCGAGAAGGCCCUCUGCCUGGUUCCCUAUAACUUGGCUUCUCGCAGGGAGGGAACCAUCAGAAGGCCCUCGGUGCUGGACCUCAGUGUCAGGACCUUUUCCUCCAGAAGCAUUUUAUUUUAAAAAUCCAAUUUAAAAUUUAAAAAAAUCUAAUUUUAUUGAUUUAUUUUUUUAAAAAACAUUUAUUUUUAUCCACCUUGAUGCUGAAGGUCCCCACCCCCCAAUCCUCUUUCUCCUUCAAGAUUUCUCUGGCAGAUAAAACACAGGGGGCGAGAUCCAACUCAUUGUGACAAAGUGCAAAGACUUCUCUUCCCUCCUGCGACGCCCUAUGCACCACCACCACUGAGCAGAUUUUGUGGGGCUGGAAGCGUGAGAUGGCGUGAGAAGCAGAUUUCUGUCGUGCGAGUGAGUCGGCGUGCUUGGAUCUCGCCCAGAAUAUGGGAUGCGCUAGGAGGCAUACAAUCUUUUUGUCCCCGCUUUUCUCAACAGGAAGUAACCAAUUUGGCCAGGCUGCCUCGUUUAGUCGAUCUCUGCCUGAACGACCCCCAGUAUGACCCCAAUCCGGUUUGCCUUCUUUGCAAUUACGCGACGCACGUCCUGUAUCACAUCCCUCAGCUCCAGAGGCUCGACACGUACGAUGUAUCUUCCAAACAAAUCAAGGAGCUGGCAGAGGUCAGUGGAGACUCCCUCUUGUCUUUAUUACACAUAGGAUCAGCUGGUUGGCAUGUCUGACAGUAAUACAUCUGUGUGAUUUGGGGAGGGGGGAGUUUGCUUUGAUUCACAACGAUAGGCCUUCUAAAAUUCAGCUCUUCCAGUAUGACCAGUGGCAUCAGAGCAGGAUUUUGAGGUGGAGCUCCAGGACCAGUGUGGUAUAGUGGUUAAGAGCAGUAGUCUCGUAAUCUGGUGAAUCGGGUUCGCGUCUCUGUUCCUCCACAUGCAGCUGCUGGGUGACCUUGGGCCAGUCACACUUCUUGAAGUCUCUCAGCCCCACUCACCUCACAGAGUGUUUGUUGCGGGGAAGGAAGGAAAAGGAGAAUGUUAGCCGCUUUGAGACUCCUUAGGGUAGUGAUAAAGCGGGAUAUCAAAUCCAAACUCCUCCUCCUCUUCUUCUAACCAAAACGAGCUGGAGGGACCUCAAACACAGCUGGGCUAGCCUGCCACAUCUGGAAGUAAUAAUGGCCUUGGUCCUGUAUACCUGAAGGAGCGUCUCCACCCCCAUCGUUCAGCCCGGACACUGAGGUCCAGCGCCGAGGGCCUUCUGGCUACCAGACUUUUAGAAGACACCUGAAGGCAGCCCUGUUUGGGGAAGCUUUUAAUGUUUAAUAGACUAUUGUAUUUUGAUAUUCUGUUGGAAGCCACCCAGAGUGACUGGGGAAACCCAGCAACAUGGGCGAGGUCUAAAUAAAUUAUUUUUAUUUUUAUUUUUAUUAUUUAUUAUCUUGGUUGCCAUGGGUGGUUUUUGUGACAUUGUGCAAUGACUGUUCCCUCCACAUUCCCCCCGUUUGGUUUCCCUUUUAUCUUUCAAAGACCAUGGUGAUGAAAAAGGUCAUGUUCUACAACAUGCGCAUCAAGAGCGCCCAGCGGCAGCUUAAUGAGGAGCUCGAGAAGCUAAAAGAGAGGAAGCACAAGCUGCAGAAGCUUCCGGAAGACCGCAUAAAGCAUUUCAGCUACAACAUCAAGAACGUAAGCACGGCCCUUGGCAGCGUCAGCCAAGUGCGUUUGGGUUGGGCCCUGCUUCUGGGACUGGCGGUUUUAGUUGCAGUGAGCUUGGAUUUUAGGUGUGCUCACAUUGCCGCCUUAGAGGGCAGGGGUCUCCCCCCCUGCAUCCCAGCCAUGCAUUCCACAGACCUCCCCCCACCCCCGUUCAGGUCAGCAUGGCUUCAGUUAAGUUUCUGUUUGUGUGCACCCCAGGGAGAAGUGACAGAGCAGGGGCUGCCUUUAACCUGUGCAAAGCUGUUUGUGCUGGUUAGAAAUUUUAGGACUCCCAAGUGGUGUGACACUGGUUUGAGAAACCAGUAUCCAACAGUACAGUGGACGCUUGGGUUGUGAACGUGAUCCGUGCGGGAGGCACUUUCACAACCUGCAGUGCCGCAUCUGUGCAUGCAUGGGUUGCAAUUCGGCAUUUCUGUGCAUGCGCAAAGCGCGAUUUAGUGGUUCUGCGCAUGCGCGAGCGCCAAAACCUGGAAGUAACCUGUUCUGGUACUUCCAGGUUUCAGCGCGUUCAUACCCCGAAAAUGCGCAACCUGAAGCAUCUGUAACCCGAGGUAUGACUGUAUCUACAAAGUUUUGGGUCAUGUUGUGAGAUUGUGAGAUUGAAAACCCGGCACUGGAAAUGCAGUUGAUUGCACAGUAAACAGAAGUGUGAGCACAGAUUUUGUCUCCAAUUGGCUCUGACCCUGUCAGUUCCUGCCUAGUUGUUAGGGCGGCUGAACAAAAGCAUCACCCACCCACCCUAGAAUGAACAUUUGAGCCACUCCCCUGAAAUUUCCCCACCUUUUCUCCAAUACGAAGGCCAUCUCAAAGAGAUGGGCUUUGUGGUUCUUCUGAAAGCUGCUCAGUCUUUGGGCUUGGGAAAUCAAAGGCCAAACUGCAUAUUAUGAUAAGCACACUCUCUUUUUUUAAAAGAAGCGUGCUUAGCAUUGGCCACCUGAUAGUUCUGGAAAAAACCAGCCAGCGGGGGCCCCAAUCCAGAAGAAAACAACAGUGCAAGAAGGAGGCAAUGUUAACUCUUUCCUUCCAACACUUUCCCCCACAGAUCUCUCCUCCCCCCCCCACCUCCAAUUUGCUAUUUGCUCUCAAAGGUACUGCUUGUUUCAGAGAGAAAGGAAGAGCAGACUUUUCAAUGGGAUAAUUUUGUGGAGAUGUGUGUUUUGCUCCCAAACUGGGUUGAGCCAAUGUGUAGUUGCUGCUUCUGAAAGAAAACAAACAAACACUGAAGUGUUCAGUGCUUUGUAGGGUUUUAAAUGAAAUAAAAUAAAGGACAUGCUUAAUGUAAAGCAUAAAGGUAAACGGACCGCUGACCAUUAGGUCCAGUCGUGACCAACUCUGGGGUUGUGGCGCUCGCUUUAUUGGCUGAGGGAGCCAGCGUCCAGCUUCCGGGUCAGGUGGUCAGCAUGACUAAGCCCCUUCUGGCAAACCAGAGCAGUGCACGGAAACGCUGUUUACCUUCUUGCUGAGUGGUACCUAUUUAUCUACUUGCACUUUGAGGUGCUUUCGAACUGAUAGGUUGGCAGGAGCAGGGACCGAGCAACGGGAGCUCACCCCGUCACGGGGAUUUGAACCGCCAACCUUCUGAUCAGCAAGUCCUAGGCUCUGUGGUUUAAUCCACAGCGCCACCCGCGUCCUUAAACCAUAAAACAUAGUGCAGCCCUCAAGACUGCAGCGUUUUCAUGUACUUCUUUUCAUCGUUUCCUUUUCCAACAGCUGGAACGUGAACUGGUGGAACUGCAGGCCUCUGGCAAGAUACAGGCGAGCAAAGCUAUUUCGAGCCAAAACUUAGGCUGCGAAAAAUCCGAUGAGGAAGCUGAGAGUCCAGAUGAGGCCUCAGAGGAAUCGAGCCUUGAGCAGUGGUUUCUGCAUAAACUGGAGGCCCUCAAAAGAAGAGUGAAUUUCUGGAGCAAAAAGCUAGAGGAGUACGUGCGUUUCAGGAAAUGUUCAAGGGCUGUUUGAGUAGGCUUUGGGUUUGGAGGUCUUGUGCUCACUGCCCACACCUGGGGUGAAAUGCACAAUGGGGUUUCUCUUCCUCCUUAAUCCUCCCUCAGCUCCUCCUUCACUUUUCUUGCCUCUUAUGAAAUGGCUCCAAGCAUUAUGCAAAUCUGCGUGUCAUCUAAAAACACAACUAACCACCGAGCAUUAAAAACUUUCCUAUACAGGGCUCCCUUCAGAUGUAUUCUAAAAGUCAGAUAGUUGUUUAUUUCCUUGACAUCUGAUGGGAGCACGUUCCACGGGGUGUGUGCCACUACCGAGAAGGCCCUCUGCCUGGUUCCCUGUAACUUCGCUUCUCACAAUGAGGGAACCACCAGAAGACCCUCGGAGCUGGACCUCAAUGUACUGGGCUGGAUGAUGCGGGUAGAGACGCUCCUUCUGGUUGUUGUUUAGUUGUGUCCGACUCUUCGUGACUCCAUGUACCAGAGCACGCCAGGCACUCCUGUCUUCCACUGCCUCCCGCAGUUUGGUCAAACUCAUGCUGGUAGCUUCGAGAACACUGUCCAACCAUCUCAUCCUCUGUCUUCCCCUUCUCCUUGCGUCCUCCAUCUUUCCCAACAUUAGGGUCUUUUCCAGGGAGUUUUCUCUUCUCAUGAGGUGGCCAAAGUAUUGGAGCCUCAACUUCAGGAUCUGUCCUUCAUUGAGCCCUCAGGGCUGAUUUCCUUCAGAAUGGAGAGGUUUGAUCUUCUUGCAGUCCAUGGGACUCUCAAGAGUCUCCUCCAGCACCAUAAUUCAAAAGCUCCUUCAGGUAUACAGGGCCAAAGCCAUUUAGGGCUUUAAAGGUCAGCACCAACACUUUGAAUGGUUCUCAGAAAUUUACCAGGAGCCAAUGUAGAUCUUUUAGGACCAGCAGGUAUUUAUUGUGGUCCUUCCAACCAAGACAGAUCCUGCUCUUUUUGUUGCAGAGUUGAAGCCGUGUAUCAGGGAGAAGUCAAGAAGAAGAAGAAAGCCAGUAGUUUGGCUGUGCAGUUUUUGCUGACUGAACUGGAAACAGUGGGAAACACCCGUUUUGAAGAGGGCUCCCCCAGCGAUGCCUGGUACAGCUGUUUUGAGAUACUGUAUUUUGAAACCUUGAUAUAUAUUUUUGAAAGGUUAAUUCUUACACCUCUUCUUAUUUCCACAGAAGUCUCUAAGUACACACAGAGAAGAUAAAGUAAUUUAAACAUCUAGAAACACUCAAAAACAAUUCUGUUCCAGAUGGGAGGAAUAGACAGAAUGAACCACAAAGCCCACAUUCUUAAUUCGUUCAUUUUUAUUUCUGUUUGUGAAAUGGCUUCCUACAAAGCUUCUUAAAACGACAAUCAGAAAUCUAUAAAAAUAAAUUAAGAUACAUCAAAAUGCAGCACAAUUACAGCAUAUCACAAAACAACGCAUAAUUCAGUCAUCAAAGCCAUUCACUAAUCUGUCUCAAUCUGUUCCAACGUUAAUUUGCAAUUUCAUUCAGUAUUUUCUCUUCCGUUGCAAUUGGCUUAUUGUGCACAAGUCUUUCUUCUGUUUUGCCAUCCAUUGACAUACAAACUGACAUUUUUAAAAAUUUGUAUUACAGUGCACAAUUGAUGCACAUACCUCAGCCAUCAACAGUCUCAAAGUCCUGUUUUCUUAAACACAGGUUUAAUUCCUGCUAUGAAUUGAUUCUAUCCCGAUUUUGCGCCUUGGACUUCAAAACCCAUGGCAUCACAGGAGUGAAAGUGAAUCGCGUCAUUCGGGUGCACAACCGGAUUCUGAGGCUGAAAUUUGAAGAGAAGUUUCAACACUUUCUGGACAAAGAAGAUUUAAAUGAGUUCUUGUAAGUGCGUUUUCCUUUUUCUUUUAAUUACAGAUGAGUAAGACAGCAGGAUAGCAAAUUCUGGCCAAAGGUGAGGUGCCCUUGUUAUAACCAGAGUUUUAAAACCGGAGUUCAAAGUUGGUCUGCAUCCUUUGGCUACAGAGAAACCUGGUUAGCAGGGAAAGGAGUAAGCAUCCCCGCAUGCAAAUUUCCUGCUCAAAACAGUCCCUUGUCAAAGCUGUUUUUCUUUUAUUAUUUUUUGUGUUUUGCUUUUAUUAUUUUUAUUAUUACAGAUUUUCUUGAUUUACAAAAGUGUGUGCAAUGUCUCUCUCGUGUUUUUUCCCCAUGUAACAUUUUUACAAAUCAGUUUCAUUUGUUGAGACAUUAGGAAGAAAAGGAGGAAAGAGUGGCGAUGUUUCUAUUUUACUUAAUAUUUGUGCGGUUUUGUGUCAGUGUUGCUUGUGCAGGUUCUUUGCUGUUCACUUGUGUUCCUUUGGUGGUGAGAGAGGUUGGGGUUGGCCUAGGGUGUGGUUAUUCAUUUGUCGUUGGCUGUUGUGGUCUUUGUUUUCAUGUGUGAGUGGGGUGGAUGAACACCCACAGUGUUAAUGCUUUGUCACAUGUCGGGUUUCAACAAGAUGAGUAGCGUUUCGCCAGCCACUAUUGGCCAUGGUAAUUUAGCUGGCGGCAUCUCCAGCUUCAGAUGCAAUAAACCUUUGAGUACCAGAAGCUGGGGACAAACAAGGGAGAGGGUAGGUAAAGUUAAAGGUAAAGUAACCUAGACGGUUAAGUCCAGUCAAAGGCAACUAUGGGGUUGCGGCACUCAUCUCACUUCUCAAGCCAAGGGAGCUGGCAUCUGUCAGCAGACAGCUUUUCUGGGUCAUGUGGCCAGCAUGACUAAGCCGCUGCUGGCGCAACAAGACACUGUGAAGGAAACCAGAGCACAUGGAAACGCCGUUUACCUUCCCGCCACAGCGGUACCUAUUUAUCUACUUGCACUGGUGUGCUUUUGAACUGCUAGGUUGGCAGGAGCUGGGACAGAGCAACGGGAGCUCACCCCAUCACAGGGUCUGGAACCGCCGACCUUCCGAUCGGCAAGAGGCUCAGUGGUUUAGACCACAGCUGGAGACAGGAGAGUGGGGGAGGUUGUCUCAUGAGCAGGCGCUUUAGCAGCAAGCUCCACAUCUCAUGCCUCUUUGCCCCUCUCUUUUAAAACUUUGUUUUCAAAAAGUAUGUUGGUUGCAAGUGCAAUGCUGCUGGGACACUAUCCACCUUCUUUGUUAAUUUCCCGAAAGCAUUCAUUUUAUAUGCAAAUCAUAUGCAAACUUGUGUGGUGUGCCCGGUACCCCGAGACAUUUAACGCCCCUGAGCAUUCUUGCGCCCAGUACUAGAGGUGUUCUUCCCUCCCCCUCUUAUUCCCACCUUCCCAAUCUAGAAACUACAGGAAGAUGCUGGAAUAUCUCUUCUAUGUAUCUCCCCCAGACGUACCCUUGAAGAAACAGCAGUUGGUUCAAAUCCUAGAGGACGGCUUCCAGGAAGUAAAAAAGGUAACCGGAAGUUUAUUUUAUUUUUAUUUUUUAAAAUAGUUUUUAUUUGAUUUUACAAGUAUAUAACAGCAGCAGCAGCAGCAGCAACUUAUUAUUUAUUCCUCGCCCAUUCACAUCCACAUUUACAGAUUCCUCCGAAUCUCUGGACUUCCCACCUCCCCUCCAUGUGUCCUUUUAAUUAAACCUUUUCUGCUGCAUCUUUCCCAAUAAUCUAUAUUUUAUAUAAUAUCACUGUCUCCAUAGUGCUUGCUACAUUACAAGUGUUACUGCAAUCCUGCUAAGGUUGGCAUCUGCUUACAGUGGUCUCCAAGAUAAAUUAUAGUUCUUUCCCCAUUCUUUAUUAAAGUUUGGUCUUCUUGGUAACUGGAAGUUUAAAUGGAGACCUCUUGUGUCUCUCUGGCUUCGUUUGGUCUGAAUUAGCGUCUUCAUCUUCAGAAAAGUUCCACAGUACAGCCUUCUACAGAGUGUACCACUUCAUCAUGCAAGGGAGCCUUCGGAUUGAAGUCUACUUUUUAUUUCUUAGGGAAAAAAGAAACAAAAUGCCUCCAGUCAGUGGUGGAGCUUCAUGCUCCGGCACCGGGGGGCGGAGAGCAGGCAGGGUGGGGCUGGCACGUGUCCUGGGGGCAUGGCACUCAGUGUGGGCAGGGGGGCAGCCACAAUGACACCCCACCGGUAUUGCGCUGCCGGGGGCGGUGCGCUUCCCCUGCACUCCUCUUCCUCUGCCAGUGCCUCCACUGAAGUCAACGCUGGCCUACUCAGGAGGCGAGGUGAGGUGGUUGCCCCAGGCAGCAGAUCCAGCCUCCUCUGCCGCCAAUCACUGCCAGUGUGUCUGUCUCCUUCACUCUCGGAGGCCCCCUGACACUCCUGCCUCCUCUGUAGCUGGUUCAAGCGAAGGCAGCAGCCGUGACAGGGGGCUGGCAUUUUCUGUCUCGCCUGAAGUGGCAAAGUGUCCUGGGCUGGCCCAGCCUGAUGUUCCCAUUUUCUAGAAUGCUGUUAGUACUUGUACUGUAUUUGUAGAAAAUGCAUUUUAUAAAGAAUAAAUUGUACCGGGGGGGAAAGAAAACCUAUGCAAUGGAAUGGAGUGUAACGGCUGCAAAAUGUUGGGACUCCAGUUUAAGGUCACAGUAACGCUGAAUCAUUGCCUUUGUUAACUCCCUUUUAAAAGUGAGCAUGUCUGUGUCUUAGUUAGUGGUAGGAAGGUUGGGACUUGCCAUUGUUUUUCCGACUGUGGAGACUCCAAGAACCCGCCACCCAGAGGAGUUGGAGAGGACAGACAAGCUACAAUUUAUGGAUUGCUUCAGUGGAGUUUUAGAAGCAAGAAGGCCCUCUUUUGGGCUCAGGAGAGUGAAGUGCAUUGCACUGGACUUAGUACUUAUGUAUGAUACUGCUGGAUCAUAAAGAAGGCUGAUCGCCGAAGAAUUGAUGCUUUUGAAUUCUGGUGCUGGAGAAGACUCUUGAGAGUCCCAUGGACUGCAAGAAGAUCAAACCUAUCCAUUCUGAAGGAAAUCAGCCCUGAGUGCUCACUGGAAGGACAGAUCCUGAAGCUGAGGCUCCAAUACUUAUGAGAAGAGAAGACUCCCUGGAAAAGACCCUGAUGUUGGGAAAGAUGGAGGGCACAAGGAGAAGGGGACGACAGAGGACAAGAAGGUUGGAUAGUGUUCUCGAAGCUACCAGCAUGAGUUUGACCAAACUGCAGGAGGCAGUGGAAGACAGGAGUGCCUGGUGUGCUCUGGUCCAUGGGGUCACGAAGAGUCGGACACGACUAAACGGCUAAACAACAAUGACAACGAUACUGCUUGCAGUAGUUGCCACCUUGCAAGCAAAGAGUUGUCUUCAAAGUCUUGAGUGCGGAGUCUACUUCAUCUUCUUCAAGGGUGAAACCGCUUCGUCACUCUGCAUGACUCAGAAAAAUAGCCAACAGAGAUAAGGGAGAGCUGAGCUGGAAAUGUUUUGCUUAGCAUGGCAGCUUUCCAUGGGAAGGAAGGGGUUUGUUGUAGUUAAAUGUUGGGAGAGCAUUUAAGGGUCAGUCUGAUCUGCCUACUCAGGCUUGCUUUGUUGCUCUUUGCAGCCUGGAAGCGAAGGAGGCGUCCAGCUCUCCAACAGUCUCAGUAUCUGCGAAUGUCCAAGAAUUGAAUAUUUGCAAAAGCAAGCCAGAAGCAAGGGGGACUCCGAGGAUACAUUCAGGCGUGGUAAAUAUAGAGAGGUUGCUCUAAGCACCCAUGAAUAAUUUUUAGAGCCCUCGUCACAUAAAAAAAGCCUUUUCAGCUGGAAAAGCCGCAGAGGCCUUGCAAUAAAUGCAGCGGGUUGUGACGAGAGGGACAGAGCCUUGGGUGCUAGCGGGGUGGUCCAGCAAGAUGUGAAGUUUUAAGGCCAUGCUUUCUGCUAGUGGAAGUGGGGGUGUUCACAAUAAUAGUAAUAAAGGUAAAGGUACCCCUGCCCGUUCAGGCCAGUCGUGUCUGACUCUAGGGUUGCGUGCUCAUCUCGCUCUAGAGGCCGUGAGCCGGCGCCGUCCGAAGACACUUCCAGGUCACGUGGCCAGCGUGACGAAGCUGCGUCUGGCGAGCCAGCACCAGCGCAGCACACGGAAACGCCGUUUACGUUCCCGCUUUAAAGCGGUCCCUAUUUAUCUACUUGCACUUAAGAGUGCUUUCGAACUGCUAGGUGGGCAGGAGCUGGGACCGAACGACGGGAGCUCACCCCGCUGCGGGGAUUCGAACCGCCGACCAUACGAUCGGCAAGUCCUAGGCACUGAGGUUUUACCCACAGCGCCACCCGAGUCAAUAAUAAUAAUAAUAAUAAUAAUAAUAAUAAUAAUAAUUUAUUUAUACCCCGCCCUUCCCGGUUCAGAAAACCAGGCUCAGGGCAGCUAACAACAAAUUUAAAAUACUUAAUUGAUGCAACAAAAAACAGCAUAAAACGUGAAUAACCAUAAAUUCAAAAAUCAAUUUAGGGGGAAAAUGCAUCCAAUAAACAUUAGAUAAUAACCAGGGCUAGCUGGCUAAAUUAGUCCUUUUUGGGCCAGCGAGAAGACCAGGGGAGAAUUAGCUGUGGGAUCCCAGAGUGGGUAAUCUUCAUAAAAAGGGGAGGGGGAGGGAAGGAAGGGGAAUAAAAGAUCAGGCUAAGUUCAAAUUGAAAACCAGGCAGAAUAGCUCUGUCUUACAGGCCCUGCGGAAGGAAAUUAAAUCCUGCAGGGCCCUGGUCUCAUGGGACAGAGCAUUCCACCAGGUGGGAGUCAUCCUGUCCCUGGUGGAGGAUAAUCUGACUUCCUUAGGGCCCUGGACCUCUAUGAUUAUUCAUGGACCUUAAGGUCCUCUGCGGGGCAGACCAGUCGUAGAUGAGACUGGAAGCCAAAUAAUAUUGCUGUGACAAAGUGAGGAACUGUCAGAGAGGAAAGCAGCUUGCACUGGAGACAAAGAAGAAAUUCAUUCAGUCUGGGGUUUUUUUAUGCAGACCUGUAGCUCAGCUGGUUAGAGCAUGGUGCUGAUCAUGCCCAAGGUUGCAGGUUCGAUCCCUGUAUGGGGCAGCUGCAUAGUCUUGCAUUGCAGGGGGUGGACUGGAUGAUCGUCAAGAGACCCAACUUCUGCGAUUCUAUGAUUAUACCAAAUUCACCCUUCUCAUACCAAUGCUUCAAAAUCUGUUUCAAAAUCCAUACAUCCAUCAAAGGCUGCUAUGCAGUUUUCCAACGAAUGAAUGCAAAAAUGGUUAUAUUAUUUAUUUGACGCGGGUGGCGCUGUGAGUUAAACCACAGAGCCUAGGACUUGCCGAUCAGAAGGUCGGCGGUUCGAAUCCCCACAACAGGGUGAGCUCCCGUCGCACGGUCCCUGCUCCUGCCAACCUAGCAGUUCGAAAGCACACCAAAAAGUGCAAGUAGAGAAAUAGGUACCGCUCCGGCAGGAAGGUAAAUGGCGUUUCCAUGCGCUGCUCUGGUUCACCAGGAGUGGCUUAGUCAUGCUGGCCACAUGACCCGGAAGCUGUACACCAGCUCCCUUGGCCAGUUAAGCGAGAUGAGCGCCGCAACCCCAGAGUCGGUCACGACUGGACCUAAUGGUCAGGGGUCCCUUUACCUUUUAUAUUUAGUUAGUUAGUUAGCUAUUUAUAUAAGCCAUUUUUAAUUCCUCUUGUUCAGCUGAAAAAGCUUUCAGAGUGGUGGGCAAAUCACUUAUUUAUUUAUUUUUAACGUACACCAAAAAUACACACGCUAGUGAGAACAACAUGCAAAAAUGUGUUCUGCAAGGGGGGAAAUUCGGCAUUUUGUAGGACAGCGAGUUGGGGCGCCUCCAAAGGAAAAUAUUGACACCCACUUCACCUCUGUUUGGAUGGCACCCAGGGGAAUGACCUCUGAUGAUGUCCUUAAUGAGUGGGCAGAUCCGGGGAAAAUUGGUCACCCAUUCUGUUUGCGGCUUGGUUAAUUUUGCUUCCGUCGUUUGGGACUCUGGGGUUUUGAUGCCUUGUGUUCUUGUAAGCGAGACGUUCUCUUCUCUUCUCCUUUCUCAGGGAAACUCAUCGUUGCAAAAGUCUUCCUUGGACACAGCGCCCCGGCUCACGAUGGAGAGCCAAUCGUCCAGGCCAGCUAUCCCAACAUCAAUUCCGUCUACAGGUCUGGCAAGUCCUCCCAGAACAGCCCCUGUAGUACAGACAGCAGUGGGGCUGUGGACCAGCAAGAGAAACCCAAGUGUAAGUUAGUGUCUCCAACUGGAGUUGGUCAUAUCAUACUCCUGGGAUUUCAUUGGGGAAAUUUGAUCCUGGGAUUUUUAUUAUUUUUAAAAAUGUAACAGUACCCAAUUUGUUGUUUAGUCGUUUAGUCGUGUCCGACUCUUCGUGACCCCAUGGACCAGAGCACGCCAGGCACUCCUGUCUUCCACUGCCUCCCGCAGUUUGGUCAGACUCAUGCUGUCCCACCAUCUCGUCCUCUGUCGUCCCCUUCUCCUUGUGCCCUCCAUCUUUCCCAGCAUCAGGGUCUUUUCCAGGGAGUCUUCUCUUCUCAUGAGGUGGCCAAAGUAUUGGAGCCUCAGCUUCAGGAUCUGUCCUUCUAGUGAGCACUCAGGGCUGAUUUCCUUCAGAAUGGAUAGGUUUGAUCUUCUUGCAGUCCAUGGGACUCUCAAGAGUCUCCUCCAGCAUCAUAAUUCAAAAGCAUCAAUUCUUUGGCGAUCAGCCUUCUUGAUGGUCCAGCUCUCACUUCCAUACAUCACUACUGGGAAAACCAUAGCUUUAACUAUACGGACCUUUGUUGGCAAGGUGAUGUCUCGGGUCCUUAUAUGGAAUCGACAAUAUAUAACCACCUAGGUGUGAUGUACCCCAACAACCAAACAUAAAUGAAAGGACAAUGCACAGUAGUACAAGUAAGGAGAUCAUAGGAUUAAGGGACCCUCAGGGGUCAUCAAGCCCAACCCGCUGCAAUGCAGGAAUCUCAACCAAACCAUCCAGGGCAGAUAGCUACCCAACCUCUAUUUUAAAACCUCCAAGGUGUGGGAUGUGAAACACAAGAGCACUCAAGUACAACAUUCCUAGAGUGAACAUGUUUACACAUGGGGAGGAAUGUUUGCCCAGCCAGCAGGUAAACUUCCUGUUUCCUUCUGAGCUGGGACAGACUUCCUCUGCAUGUGACUAGAGGUGGGCGUGGCCUCACCUGUGCAGGUAACAACAAAAGCACAGGGCAGGGCAGCCAUCUCUCUUUUUUUCACCACAUGCAUCGAAGAAGCAACAUCUGCUUAGCCAAAGAUGCCCUCUUGGCUUCCAGCCAAGAGAGGACAAAGGGACUGUCUUCUUAAGGGAUAGUUUCCAAGUGUAUGUUACUUUUCUAAGCUAAGUCUGCCUUCUGGGAUCCUAUUGUGAACAGAAUGAUAUGUGAGUAAACUCUUUUUAUACUUUUGUAGAAGACUGUGUCAUGUCUUAUCUUUUAUGAGGGAAUAAGGGGAAAAUAACAGAACAGUUAUUAUAGAGGCUUUAGCAAGCCUGAGCAAACGCAUCCGCUGCAAGUUUAAAAAGGGGGAUGUUAUUCUGCUAAAUUGUGGAACUUGUUAACACAAGUUGGAAAAGGAUAUAAUCAGACAAUAUAUCCUCUCCUGCAUCCCUGAACAUUCCCACACAAGGAAGGAGAAUCCACCACCUCCAGAAGGAGUCCUUUCCACUGGCGAACAGCUCUUACUGUCAGAAAGUUAUUCCUUUCUUAUAACUUGAAUCCAUUGGUUUGGAUCCUACCCUCCAGAGCAGGAGAAAACAAGCUUGCUCCAUCUUGCAUGUGACAGCCCUUGAGACAUUUGAAGAUGGCUGUUGUAUCUCCUCUUAGCCUCCUCUUUUCCAGGCUAAACAUACCCAGCUCCUUCAACCGUUCCUCAUCAGGCUUGGUUUCCAGACCAUGGAUCAUCUUGGCUGCCGUCCUCUGCACACGUUCCAGCUUGUUAACAUCCUUCUUAAAUUGGGGUUCCCUGAAUUGGACACAGUGUUCUAGGUGUGGUCUGACCAAGGCAGAAUAGAGUGUUGCUAUGACUUCCCUGGGACGCGGGUGGCGCUGUGGGUAAAACCUCAGUGCCUAGGACUUGCUGAUCGCAAGGUUGGCAGUUCGAAUCCCUGCGGCGGGGUGAGCUCCCGCCGUUCGAAAGCACCCCUAAGUGCAAGUAGAUAAAUAGGUACCGCUUUAUAGCGGGAAGGUAAACGGCAUUUCCGUGUGUGGCGCUGGUGCUGGCUCGCCAGAUGCCGCUUAGUCACGCUGGCCACGUGACCCAGAAGUGUCUCCGGACAGCGCUGGCACCCGGCCUCUUGAGCGAGAUGAGCGUGCAACCCUAGAGUCGGACACGACUGGCCCGUACGGGCAGGGGUACCUUUACCUUUACCUUUUAUGACUUCCCUUGAUCUGGACACUAGACUUCCAUGGAUGCAGCCUAGAAUAGCAUUAGCUUUUUUGCUGCUGCAUCACACUGUUGACUCAUGUUAAGCUUGUGGUCCUUUUCGCAUGUACUACCAGUAAACCAGGUGUGUGGUAAUCUGUCAGAGGUUAUUUAGCUGAGAUUCUUGCAUUGCAGGGGUUGGACCAGAUGACUCUUUGUGUCCCUUCCCACUCUACAAUUCUGUGAUAUGCAGUUCUUGCAGAACGACCGGUUAUAGAUGUGUUUUGACCAUUCAGUCUGUUUCAGAUACGUCCCAAUUAGUUCUAAGUCAUUUGGAAAGCUUUUGUAAGCUAUUUGGACACCCACCCACACCCCGCAAAAAAUGGAAGUCUCCAUUUGUCUGAGGACUCCGGUACAGAGGGCGAGAGAGUGCCUAGAAAAAGCUCAGGAGAGAGCAGAUAUUUCCACUCACCCACUGCUACCAGAUGGGACGUGGGUGGUGCUGUGGGUUAAACCACAGAGCCUAGGACUUGCCAAUCAGAAGGUUGGCGGUUUGAAUCCCCGCGAUGGGGUGAGUUCCCGUUGCUUGGUCCCUGCUCCUGCCAACCUAGCAGUUCGAAAGCACACCAAAAAGUGCAAGUAGAUAAAUAGGUACUGCUCUGGCAGGAAGGGAAAUGGCAUUUCCGUGUGCUGCUCUGGUUCGCCAGAAGCGGCUUAGUCAUGCUGGCCACAUAACCCGGAAGCUGUACGCCGGCUCCCUCGGCCAAUAAAGCAAGAUGAGCGCCGCAACCCCAGAGUCGGUCACGACUGGACCUAAUGGUCAGGGGUCCCUUUAUCUUUGCCUUUACUGCUACCGGAAGAAAAUAGCAAGGCAGCGAGUAGCCACUAGAGGGAGAUCCAGCCUCACACAUGAAGCCUCUGCAUUUAUUUGAAACCUUUGCAUUCUUUUUCUGCUUUGGGGUGCUCCAAAAGCCGUGAUCUGCCCUAGUACAGAGAAAGCGGGAAGAUGGAAGUAAGCGCCACAUCUGUGCUUGGGAUGGGUGGCUCACAGCGAUGGUAGCGACGUUCUGCCUCCGCUGUCGGAGGAGAUAUGCCUCUGAAUAUGAGCCACAGGGAAUCCCAAGUGGGGCAAAAGGGCUGUUGUGCCUGGGCUUCCCUUGCACGCUUCCCAUGGGCAUUUGGCUGGUGAAUAUUAGAAUAAGGUUACCAGAUUUUUUUCAAUGAAUCCAGGGACACUUGUCAACUUCAGUAGGAAGGAUAGGAUUUUGCCAGGGGACUGAUUUGUAAAUCCGGGGACCGUCCCCGGGAAACUGGGACGUCUGGUAACCUUAUUUAGAACGAAUUGCUGGACUAGAUGGGCCUUUGUCCUGUUCCAGCAGGGCUCUUGUGACAAGUGCUGACCCUCCUGGGGCAGCCUGGAUAGCUAGGUUGCCUAGAGCAUGGUGCUGAUGUUGCCAAGGUUGCAGGUUCGAUCCCCACACGGGGCAGCUGUAUAUUCCUGUAUUGCAGGGGGUUGGACUGGACUCUACGAUUCUAUUUUUCUCGAAAGCAUACGUGGGAUGGGGUGUGGGGGGUGUUAAGGGAGGGGUAGUACCUCUGGUGGGAGACAUGUUGUAUAGUUUUUCCAUCUUUGGUCUCUGCCCUGCACUCAGCUCCCAGAAGCUGUCAGCAUGUGGCAGCAGCCACACCCCAGGAAAUGGCUUCGAUUGGUCUUAAAUCCUCAGUGAGUUAGGGGCUUCCCCUGCAUGCAAAGACAGGCUGCAAUGGGCAACGGGAAAACAGGCCUUCUCCGCAGUGGCUCCCCAUUUGUGGGAUGCUCUCCCCAGGAAGACUCACCUGGCACCUUCAUUAUACACCUUUAGGCUCCAGGUGGAAACCUUACUCUUCCACCAGGCCUUUGGCUGAUUAACGCUCUACAGCCUUUCUAAAUGUUUCUGCAGGAAGGGAGGUGGGUAGGUUACUGUUUUUGCUGCUUUGUUUUUAACAAGAUGUAACCGGCUGUGUUCUUAAUAAAUAAGGUAUACUUUUUAUUGUAUCAAAUUUCAACAGAAGUAACUCAUAAAGUUCAACAACCAAACAAAGCAGAAGACCCAGUGGAUCAGAUCAGAACUUAAAACCUUCUUUGUUGUUAAACUCUUUUACCUGCAGAGCAUAUUUGCAGGAGUUACAGUGCCCACAUUUAAAGAAACCACGUGGAGGACCAGACAACGUACGUUGUAUGGGUGUUGGUUUUAAAUCCAUAUGCACCAAUAUAUCUUUUAGUGACUUAGUGCGUCGUUUGGCAAAAAGGGGGGUAUAAUCACACUUAGUUCUUUAACUACUGAAGAAGCCCAGGAUGGCAAAACAAGGAAAAUAUUCUGGAAAUCCUUGUCUAGACUCUGUGAAAGGAUUUUGUGGAACUGUAACAACCUUUCAUGUUUGGACUUUAUGAACAGACAGGUGGAAUAGACACCAUUACACGGGUGGACCUUAUGCAUGAACUGACUAGAAAAUGAUCUGAUCCACUGGGUCUUCUGCUUUGUUUGGUUGUUGAACUUUAUGAGUUACAGUGGUACCUCGGGUUGAGAACUUAAUUCGUUCUGGAGGUCCGUUCUUAACCUGAAACUGUUCUUAACCUGAAGCACCACUUUAACUAAUGGGGCCUCCUGCUGCCGCUGCGCCACCGCUGCACAAUUUCUGUUUUCAUCCUAAAGCAAAGUUCUUAACUCGAGGUAAUAUUUCUGGGUUAGCGGAGUCUGUAACCUGAAGCAUAUGUACCCGAGGUACCACUGUAUAUCAUAUUUAUCUAAGAACACAGUCGGUUACUUCUCGUGUGUUUAUUGAGGAUGCUUUACAUGACCAUAGGUUUGUUUGUUGUUGCUUUGUUUUUAACGACUUCCUCAUUUUCAUCCUGUCUUUUAUUCGGUGAACCGUCCUGAGAUCUUACAACGAAGGGCGGCAUAUCAAUCUAAUAAACAAUGAGAAGGUGGUUUCUGCACAUGCUGUGCAGGGGCAAAUAGGGUCUGUCCACCCAGGGAGGCAGCUCAUCUAAGUGGAGAAAAACUCUGGUCCCAAACCUCUGCUGUUGUGUGGGGCAGAGGUCUACUGAUGGCUUCUAGCUAUGGUGGAGCUGGAGGCAGCUGGAAACCACAGGAUAGUAUUGGUCUUGGGCUCAGGAACUUUUCUUGUGGGUUUCCCCUUGGCACCUGGUUGGCCACUGUGAGAAGAGGAUGCUGGACUAGGUGGGCCAUUGGCCUGAUCCUGCGGGCUCUCCUUCUCUCCUCUCUUUCUUAUUUUCCUUCUGGAAAUGUCUCCUGUUCUUACAAUUUCAAAACUUCAGUAACCGGAGGGGUGGGGAAUCUGUAAGAGAAUCCGCCAUUCCUGUUCUUGCCUUUCAGCUUCAGAAGUCUGCUCUUCCCUGGACUACAAGAACUGCGACUGCAACCUGCGACAGUGCGAGUGGUUUGUGUUCGAUCACGAACUGGUUCUGCCUGAGUACAUCGUGGAAUUUGAGUACAUCACAUUGGUACGCGCUUCCUGCUCCCUAGCAAUGCGUUCAGCGCGGAGGGGCUAGUGUAAAGAUCCCCUUUGCAAAUGUGCCUGGGCUUGCCGAUCAGAAGUCGGCGGUUCAAGUCCCUGCGACGGGGUGAUCUCCCGUUGCUUGGUCCCAGCUCCUGCCAACCUAGCAGUUCGAAAGCACACCAGUGCAAGUAGAUAAAUAGGUACCACUGCGGUGGGAAGGGAAAUGGCAUUUCCGUGCACUCUGACUUCCAUCACGGUGUCCCGUUGCAUCAGAAGCAGUUUAGUCCUGCUGGCCACAUGACCCGGAAAGCUGUCUGUGGACAAACACCGGCUCCCUAGGCCUGAUGCGAGAUGAGCGCCACUCCCCAUAGUCACCUUGGACUGGACUUAACUGCCCAGGGGUCCUUUACCAUUUUUAACUUUUACCUACAGAGUUAUCAUGCAUCCUGAGAAGCUGCAGCCAUUUAGUCAGGGCCGGCCCAUUCAUGAGGCAAGGUAACCUGGCUGCCUCAGGCGCUAGCAUCUACGGGGCAGCAGAUCUGUCCCACAAGGGAUGCAUUGCUUGCUGUUGCCGCUGCUGCCACUGCAACAGUGGCAAUGCUAGCUGUGGUACAGGCUUGGCAGCUUGCCCCUGCAAUUAAAGGGGCCGCACGACAGAAAUGUACGCCACACCACAGUAAGAGCUGUUUGGUCGUGGAUCAGGCUCCUUCAGAAGGUGGUGGACUCUCCUCCCUUGGAGGUUUUUAAGCAGAGGUUGGAUGGCCAUCUGUCAGGGAUCCUUGAGUCGAGAUUCCUGCAUUGCAAGGGGUUGGACUAGAUGAUCACUGGGGGUACCUUCCAAGUCUACGAAACUGAAAUGGACAGAUAGUGUCAGGAGUUCAGCCUACACUUGAGUAGGACCCUGGCAGAGACACAUGCCCAACUGGCAUGUUCCCUCCCUCCUGGUCGAACGUUCGGGAGCUUCAUAAGCUUUCUUCUGCCUGAACAUCACAGUGACCGAUGCCAACCGACACUGGCACACUUAGGGAUCCGCAGAGAUUGCGCAGUUCGCAUAACAGACCUCAGCAACUCAGCAUUUUGGCUAAUCUACUUUAUUUUCAUAUAAACACACACGGAGCACUGCAACAUGGCUCCCUCUUUCUUUAGCAUCAGACAGCAAGGAGAAAAAGAACAAAGGACAAUAGUCCCACUUCACGGAACACAGUAACACAAACAUCCUGUCUCCGUCACUUCCCACUCUGUGGAGGCAAAACACAUGCCGUCAUGUGAAAGACAAAAAUCCCAUGACUGCAAUCACGGAGCAGGAAUUCUAACGGAUAGCACACACUCAUUGCACCACCUAUGCAUGGCUACAUCUUUCUCAAUUAGCAAGCUCUGCCUUUAAUUAAAGGGGCUCACCCCCACUUCAGCGGUUGGACCCCAAGCUAAUUAGCAAAGGGUCAAAUCCAGUGAGGAGCAGAUGCAGGCGCUUUUUCUGUAUUUUUUGGUCCUCCUAAGUCAGGAGCUGGGAGCCCUUGGCCCUCCAGAUGUUGGAUGAUGAAAGCUAUAGUCCAACGUCGCCUGGAGAAUCACAGGCUUCCCCCCACCCCCCGUGCCGAGUGUUGCACCGAAGCAUCUUUAUGACUCUCGCUUAGCUUGUUUAUAUAUCUGUUUAGUUAAACAAAGGAAACGCAGUAACAAGCUGUGGCAAAAAGAGAAAGCUCUGGGUCUUCUGCCUAGGUCAAAGUGGAGCCUCUGUUCUCGUCGCUCAGCAACGUGACCGGGGAGGAAGGAAGGAGAAACUCGGCAGGAUUUGUGCUUUCUCGGGAUUUGCAACGUGACGACGAAGUUCUAAGCAUGAAGCCUAUCAUUAAGCCCAAGCCCAAAAUCGUUUGCCUGGAUGAAAAGACGGUGCUGGCGGUAGCCAAGGCCAACAUCUACAGUCAGAUAAUGGUGAGCAGGUUCUGUUACACGGUGUUCUUGCAUAAUCGAAGCGACACGGUGCUGUUUCCAAAGGAGACGGCAAACUCUUCCCAUUCCCUGAAGUUGGGGGGACUUGUUUUUUUGCCUUGCCACACCACUUAUCGUAUUUUUCGCUCUAUAAGACGUACCUAACCAUAAGACGCACCUAGUUUUAGAGGAGAACAAGAAAAAAAAAUUCUCUCCCUCUCUGCGCAGCGCCUCUCCAGCAAAGCGGUCAGAACAGCAAGAGGGAUCGCUGCGUAGCGAAAGCAGCGAUCCUUCUUGCUGUUCUGGCUUCUGGGAUAGCCAUGCCAAGCCUCAUCAGGGCAGGGGGCAUGUUCCUCCCGUUGCCCUGAAGAGGCUUGGUGCGGCUAUCCCAGAAGUCAGAACGGCAAGAGGGAUCGCUGCUUUCGCUGCGCAACAAUCCCUCUUGCCGUUCUGGCUUCUGGUAUAGCUGUGCAGCCUGCAUUCGCCCCGUAAGACGCACACACAUUUCCCCUUACUUUUUAGGAGGGAAAAAGUGCGUCUUAUAGAGUGAAAAAUACGGUAUAUACCUUGUAAGCUUAUAAAUUUGUAUGUAUGUGUCUCUUUUUUUUACACGAGUGUGUCUGUUAUUUGCACGUCUUUAUUUUUUUACCUUGUGCACUUCUAAUUUUAUACUGGGUACAAAAUUCUUUCCCCCCCUUCAAUAAGGAAUAAGAACAAUAAAUUAAAAAACCACCACAGUCUCCUUGCACCUCUCUAGACGGGUCGGGAUUUCACAGGUGCAUGGUGGUAGGGAGUCAGAUUGAAGAACCACACCUGGCAGUGGAGGUGGAAGGAGAAGAGAGCAUGUAGCUUCAUCAUCUUUUAAUGUAUUAUUGCAUUUAUAUCUCACAUUUCCUCAAACAAGCAAGUGUGGUUCUCCGUGCCCCCCCCCCCAGCCUCCAUUUUAUCCUCAACAUCCCUGGGAGGUAGGUUAUGCCAAGACAUAGUGACUAGCCAUGGUCAUCCAGCGAGCUUAGUGGGGAUAUGAACUCCUAGCCUUCCACUCUAACCACUAGGCCACACUGCCUCUCCAUUGCAAUGGGGAAGAGGGGAGAGUUUUUCCAGCAAGGCUUUUAGGGCCAGAUGUGACUAAACAUGGAACUGUCCCAAUUAUAUUGAAAAGGGGCAGAGCUUGGGUUUUUUUCUUUUUCUUUUCCUUUUCCUUUUUCUUUUUUUAAGAAAGCAAAAGGACCAAUGCAGGGGAGCAAUGCAGAAGCCCAAUCCCAUAAUAAAAUUUUCAGUCCCAAUCUGAUACCCUCCAGAUGUUGUUGUGGCUCACUGGCAGGGUAGCAGCUGCCCUGCAUGCAGAAGAACAUUCAAUCCCCUCUUCUCUUUCAACGUAGAUUCUGAAUCUGCAUGGAAACAGGCUGAGCAAACUCCGAGACAUCUCCAAGCUCACUGGGCUUCGCAAACUCAUCAUUAGUUUUAACGAAUUCACCUGUUUAGAUGACGUUUACCACUUGGUAAGAGCAACGCGGCUACAUUUUUUCUCAUUAGAGUGGGUAUGUUCGUAAAAAUUAAAUUUAAGGCACAAAGUGAAAAAGCCCUGGAGUGAAGGGAGCUUUUCAUGGGGAAACGCAAGUCUUUGGACAUCAUUGGAUAUAAUACUUAUCUGCUUAAAACCUUUGAUGUGACUUCAUAGAUCGUAGAAUUGAAGAGUUGGAAGGGACCCCCAAUGGUCAUCUAGAUGAACCCCCUGCAAUGCAGGAAUCUCAGCUCAAGCAUCCCUGGCAGAUGGCCAUCCAACCUCUGCUUAAAAUCCUCCAAGGAAAGAGAGUCUACCACUUUCCGAGGGAGACCGUGGCAUGAAAUUCUACUCAAUAUUGAUCCAGAGCAGAACUCCAAUGUAUAGUUAGCAGAGUAAAAACUUAAACCUGUUGCAGGAUUCUCAAGAAAUAGACCAGAGGCAAUUAAUAUUUCAUCCAGCAAAGCUUUACUGCUGCUGAAGGCAAAUGAGCACAAUGGUCACAAAUCCAAUACAUUCAGGAUUGGCCCUGUCCAUAAAAAAUCCAGCUGCAGUAGACUUAACUUAAACUUGCAAUAACUUAUUAUAAGGCUAAACCUUAACACUAAGCAUGCUAUGUACAGAACGCCACACCAGAAGGAAAAGAGAUAGAAAGAGACAGUGAAAACCAGGCUCCUUCUGGCAUUAUUAUAGUCUCCAUGACCUUGACAGAAGAGAUGACAGAACCAGUUUAAGCCAGCUGUACUCAGCUUCUCUGAAGGAAUAACCCAAACAUCAUGAACCUUCUGCUUGCUUCUUUCACACAGAGAAGCUUCCAGAACCCUCUUGAAUUGAGUAGAAUAGGAAAGAUCUCUACACAUCAGAUCAAUACUUUCUGCAUCAAGAAAUGCAAACUGACAGACAGUUCCACUGUCAAACCACCUAAUACCGUGGUGCCCCGCAAGACGAAUGCCUCGCAAGACGGAAAACCCGCUAGACGAAAGGGUUUUCCGUUUUGGAGGUGCUUCGUAAAACGAAUUUCCUAUGGGCUUGCUUCGCAAGACGAAAAUGUCUUGCGAGUUCCUGCGGGGUUUUUUUCCUUUCCCCCCCCUUUUUCCCAAGCCGCUAAGCCGCUUAUCAGCUGAUCCGCUAAGCCGCUUAACAGCUGAUCCGUUAAGCCACUAAGCCGCUUAUCAGCUGAUCCGCUAAGCCUGCUAAGCCGCUAAUAGCGCUAAUCCGCUAAACCGCUAAUGGGCUUGCUUCGCAAGACGAAAAAACCGCAAGACGAAGAGACUUGCGGAACGGAUUCUUUUCGUCUUGCGAGGCACCACUGUACAAUCGUAAUACCAUGCCCAUUGUUCUGCAAACGAAUUAGUUUCUUAGCUGCUUGCUUUUCAAGUCAUCCUCGCACUUCUUACUUCCGCUGCAGCCGAACCUGGAAUAUUUUGACGCCAGCCAUAACCACGUGAUCACCCUGGAGGGCAUCAGAGGCCUAAACAAACUGAAGUAUUUGGACUUGAGCUGGAACCAGCUGAAGAAGGCCGGGGAAGAAAUUGGCGUCUUACGGAAACAUACCCCCAUGGUGCUCAGUCUCGAUAUUCGUCAUAACCCCUGGCAUAAGGUAGAUCUCCUCCUGAACUUGUAACGAAACAAAAAAACCCCCACAAAACUGGGGUGUUUUUUUUUUACUUCAGUACUGCCUUUCAAGUAAGCCCCAUUAGCACUGGUCUUUGUUAACGCUACUUAGGACAAUUCCCUGUUUCUGCUGUGAGUGCUGUUAUAGGAUGGCAGCGAUGGGGAGCCUCUGGCCUGCAGAUGUUACCAGAGGUUCCCCACAUCCUGCAGCUACUUCUGUGUUGGAUAUGAUGCUGUUGCAGAAGUUACUUUCCCCUCCUGCGUCUCCACCCCCAUCGUUCUGCCCGGACACUGAGGUCCAGCGCCAAGGGCCUUCUGGCAGUUCCCUCACUGUGAAAAGCCAAGUUACAGGGAACCAGGCAGAGGGCCUUCUCAGUGGUGGCACCCGCCCUGUAGAACGCCCUCCCGUCAGAUGUCAAAGAGAACAACAACUACCAGACUUUUAGAAGACAUCUGAAGGCAGCCCUGUUUAGGGAAGAUUUUAAUGUUUGAUGCAUUACUGUAUUUUAAUAUUCUGUUGGAAGCUGCCCAGAGUGGCUGGGGAAACCCAGCCAGAUGGGCGGGGUAUAAAUAAAUAAAUUUAUUAUUAUUAUUAUUAUUAUUAUUAUUAUUAUUAUUGUAGUGCAUUAGAGAAGGCCGUGCUGAAUUUCAUUUGCUGUUCCUUUCAUUUGCUGUCCAUUCAGUUGCCUCGUUUAUACGUUAAGAUUAGGAGACACUUUAUUCGUAUUAGCCAACGGCCAUAGCAACAUAAAACAAGCAAUAUACAGUGGUGCCCCGCAAGACGAAUGCCUCGCAAGACGGAAAACCCGCUAGACGAAAGGGUUUUCCGUUUUUGAGUUGCUUCGCAGGACGAAUUUCCCUAUGGGCUUGCUUCGCAAGAUGAAAAUGUCUUGCGAGUCUUGAGAUUUUUUUUUCGCUUUUCCCCCCCUUUAUCUAAGCCGCUAAGCCUUUAAUAGCCUCUAGCAGCUAAUCCGCUAAGCCUUUAAGCCUUUAAUAGCCGCUAAAAGCGCUAAUCCGUUAAGCCGCUAAUAGGGUUGCUUCGCAAGACGAAAAAACCGCUAGACGAAGACACUCGCGGAACGGAUUAAUUUCGUCUUGCGAGGCACCACUGUAUACAAAUAAAAAGACAGCAAUGGGUAAAAAGGGCAAUCAAAUGACCAAGAUUAUCGUUCAGAUAGUGGCCCUUAAUCUCAUUGCACCCUCAAUCGUUUAUACGUUGCUUUCCCAAUAAGAUGGGCCAAAGAGGAAUAAACAGCAAAACAUAAAUAAGAACUAAUAAAAGAACUAAAAGCAAUAUAGCCAUAAGGCAGGACUAACUGGUAGCUUCUCAAUAAAAUGCAAAUGGCGUCGCAUAUUUCCUCCAUCCCUACGCCUCGGUAAACACAAAUGUUCUUAAGCUGUCCAUGGAAGGUGACCAAUGCAGGGCCUGAGAUAACUUGCACUUUGGGGUAGGAGCCACCACCUGCGGGAAUGUUGAGGCAAGCAGGAGAGGAUACAUUGAUUAAAUAUUAUCCCUCCUCACUCACGCUAGCGAGCAAGCAGCAGAGCACAUUUCCUUGCAGAUUGCUGGAAGCAAGUUGAUGGAUUCAUUAGAAUUGUUUAAAUUAAGCAAUCCAAUCUGGCUUGUCCAGUCUGGCUUGUUCCAGGUAAGUUUCCCCUUUUAUUUCCCUCUUAAGAUAAUAACACGACAGUCUUCUUUAAAAGCAAGAGUAAAGUUUGCUUACAUUCAGUUCAGCAGUGCUCUGAAGAAAGGCUUUAUCUUGUGGUUACAGUUACGUUUGUAGAGAAAAGAAGUCUGAGCUGGGCUUCAGACUUUCUUCCUUGUGGCUUCCAUCCUCUGUAAGGAUGAGCCUUGUGCUGGCUAAGAGCCAGAAGAGGAGGUCCAAGAGUGUGCUGGUCCUGGGGGGUUAUCGCGCGGCAUGGUCCGAGUCCAGUCCGAGGUUAAGGGUGUGGUAUGGGGGCUGUCCGUCAAGGCUGAAGUGGGGUCCAAGGCAGGGAGUCGGGUGAGGUCAGGAACUCUGGCAGAAGAGCAGGACAGGGUGCUGGCAGGAACAGGUUGCCAACAAUGUUGCUCCCACAACCUGGGACUGGGCUGACUGGCUUUUAUCUCUGUUGGGUUGAAGUAAAUGACAGACGAAUAGCAAGGUGUCAUACGGGAGGCAUCUCUCAAGCAAGUCUCGGAAAGUCCCUUUUAUUGAAUAUUACAGCAUUUGCCACAUAUGUGCUUAUUGCUGAUUGGUUAACACAAGUACAAAGCAAAGGUUACAUAUUACAUUAAUCACCAAUAGAUUAAAGGUUGGGAAAGGGAGCACAGAACUAGACGGGCAUGAAACCUCCUAAUUAAAUUAUAACUAGUGAUUGAUUAUAACAAGACUUGAGAGAACAUAACAAUUGUAUUCCGUAGAUGUGGUCAACAAUGCGUUAAGAACAGGUCAAGGUACACUGUUUCAUGAACUCAAUGGGAACUGAUCAGAACAUUCUCAGACUCAUGUGCAGCUCAGGAGAGGCUGGAGAGUUACUGGACCCAGAGGCAACCUCACCUUCCCCUGACGGGGCUGAGAGUGGAGCACCUGCAGGCAAUGGGUCCUUGAUCACCUCCGGAGCCAGAGCAGAUUCAGCUGGUGUCUGCUCCUGAGGAUCCGGCACAGGUGAGGGCCCUUCAGGUUCAAGCCCCAGCCCCGGCUCAGCCGGUCCUGGAGGCGGGGACUCCUGUGCAGGCUGGGAUUCCUCAGGUUCAGUCUCUGAAUCCGAUUCCCAGGCCAUCACAUAGAGAGAAGCUUGAAAGGAGAAAAUGGAAAAAGGGGAGAUGGCGGCAUGGCUAGCCCUUUUACAGAGUCAGCUAGGGUCAUGCCCACCUACCUGGUCAAACACAAAGAGAGGUGGCUCCAGAACAGGUAUGACAGGAAGUCCUGCCUGGCUGGAGCCACAUCCCCCUGUGUGUCCACUCUGUUACGAUAUAGAAGCAAUGCGGCCGCGAGCUGGUAGCUUGAAAGCAAAACAUAAUGGGAAUGUUGGGACUGUUCCGUGGGAAACAGAGGGACAGUCAAUUCACAGUGCAGAGGGCACCGGAAUUAGCUCAGAGUGUAAUAUGAGCUGUACAGGAAGUACAGGUGGAGUUUGUCUCUCGACUGCUGGAGCUUGAAGAGAGCAGUCAUGAUUUUUGUAACGCUGCAAAGACAGAAAUAAAGGAAUGUAAAUACGUUUCUGUCUAUCUCUUUCCCCUGCCUGGGGGGGCAGGAAAGAGGGGGGGUGCUCUUCUCACUCUGGGAAGGAUCGCCUAUCGCGACCUCUGCCUGGAUCCUGCUGGGGAAUGCAGACAGGGAGGUCAACAGGAGAUCAAGCCGGGUGCCUGGAGAGUGGCCAGUUUCUCCUGAUAAAGGCUUGAUUCCCAACAUCUGGUAGCACGGAGCCGAUGGUUUUGAUCCAUUCAAGCAGCAAGAGAGGUUGAUCGAUCGUACUUCAUCCUCUGCAAGGAGAUAAGGAAGAUAUGGUAGCGUGCGGAUGGAAGCUACAAGGACGGCUGAGCACCGGAGGAGGUGUUUUUGCUGAGCAACGGAUUCCCUCAAGGUAUGGUGAUUUUAUGGCUGUGAGAGUGAACGCGAAUUGAAGCAUUCUUCGGUUCACUGAGUGUCUGCUUUUGGAUGAAACCAGCACUGAAAGAGAGCCACAUAUUUCGCAUACCUGAGUCUUGAUAAGCCUGGAAUGUCCAGUUGCUAAGCAACGAAACGUCAGUAAAGUGGAAAGUUACUGGCCAACAACGGAAGAGGGGCUGGGACUGUGAGAGGCUGGUAAACAGCGUUUGUUUUGUCUAUUAUCUCACUGCUCUUGGAGGGACUUUCAAAACAGCCUGCGUUUAGCUGCCAAGUGAGGCAGUAAACAGCCAAUAGACUCUUGGAUUUUACAAGCUCACUGCUGAAAGCUGAGGCUUGAGAUUGAGAUGGCUUUGUUCUCUCAGAAGCUCCGAAAAGCUUGUGAAGCUGGAGUGAGAAGCAAGAGCCGAAAGUGUACUACCCCAGAAGAGGGGAGCCAAGAUGGUGCUGGCCAAAUUCCUAAAAGCUCAUCGAAAGCUGAGGAGAGCUUUGACCCCAAAAGGGGGAGUGAAGGAACUGUUGCUGUUCCUGUACUUGCUGCAAUAGAUGUCAAAGACAGGGGGAGAGAAGCUCGGAGUUCUGACACCCCCACUGCUAUUGCUAGUGAAGAACAGGCUGUUGCUUUGAACGUUGUCCAUUGUUACAAUUGUGGACAGACUGGGCAUCUUCAGCGGAAUUGUAAGAAGCCACGUCAACAGAAAGGAGCUAAGGGGAGCUCUGCAAAGCCUGAGGCAUCAGGCAAAAGUCGUACCAAGUCCCAGGUGAAACCUGCAAAGGCAUUGCUGCCAACAAAAGCCGCAUUUUCAACGGAGAACGCUUUUAUUUUGGACACUGGAGCGAUGCAACACAUGACGUCGCGGCGAGAUCUGUUUUCAACGUUUAAGAUGCAAAGCCUCACUGUGAAACAAGCCAACGGUCAGGAGCUGGAAGCGACCGGGUUUGGAACUGUGUAUCUUGAAAGUCUGAACUUGACUAUUAACAAUGUGUAUUUGGUUCCUGAUUUAAAGUUCAAUCUGCUGAGUGUUUCGCAGAUCACAAAGAAAGGACUGACUUUGUCCUAUGAUAGAGAAAGCUGCAAAAUCUUCAAAGAUGGAGAGCUGUAUCUUUCUGCCAGAGAGAAAGAUGGACUGUAUUUGUUGACUUUUGAUCAAAGUGAUUGCAUAAGUUGUAAUGCAUCUGAGUCUAACAUGAUUUCUCUCGCAGGUGUGUCGAAAAACGUCCAGAAGACGACAAAAGUAACCAAAGCUUUUCAGCGAGUGUAUGCUGAUGUGAUUGGUCCUCUAGCACCAUCUAGAGGCAAUGCAAGAUAUUAUCUUGUGUGUGUGGAUUAUUUCUCUCAUUAUGUGUGGGUAUAUAUAUUGCAGAAACCACAAGAAGCCUUAGAAAGGUUUAAAGAGUUUUGUGACAAGGUUAAGGAUGUUCAUAAUGCUAACAUUGAUUGUCUUUUCACAGAUGAAAAGCCAGUUUUUCUUUUGCAGGAUUUUCAGGAUUUCCUGGAUAAGCGAGGCAUAAGGCACAAGACUGCUGUUUCUGCAGAAGCAUGGAACAGAAGUGUCUGUGUGCAAGUGAACAAAGAAUUGCAAAAUGGCAUGAAGGCGCGAUUGCUGAGUUCACAUUUGCCACAUGAGUAUUGGGCAGAAUCGUUAAUGUGUUUUUGUUACAGUUGGAUGAGAAAGGUUUCAAAAGGUUUCGGAAGUUUUCCUUUUGAAAAGCUAUUCCACAGAAAACCUUCUGUUGCCCAUUUUAAGGUUUUUGGGUCUCAUGUGAAAUCUGAUGCUCCAGGUGGAGUAAAGAAUGCUAGAGGCAUUUUUGUGGGUUAUGAAAAGGGUCUCUACAGAGUAAUUUUGUCUGAAUCUGGUCAAGUGAUUCUCACAAAAUUUCUAGAGAGUGCUCCUGAACAGGAGAGAGUAAUUGUUCACACAUUUCCCACUGAGGACAAUUCAGAUGAUGAUGAUGAUUUUACUGAUUACAGUGGUACUGAGAGUGACAGUGAUAGCUCAAAGAGCUCAGUUGACACAGUCAUUGAGAGGAAAUCUCACACAAUGGAUAGACCUUCACAGGUGAAGGAUGUACCACUGUUUACUAUUGGAACUGGUUCUCCAAAGAGUCCUGAGACUGAACCAGUGAGCAGAGAGGAUCAGCACCUCAUACGCAGGUCCGAGAGAGUUACAAAGGGUGUACCACCCAAGAGGUAUUCAAAAGAGUUUGCUAACUCAGCUGUAGCAUGUGUUACUAUUGCAGACAACUCAAGACAGGUUGAAGCUGUGUCUAAGUCAGAGACAAAGACACAACAGAGAGUUGCUAAGCGUAACACUACAUUCCCUAGCCAAGGUAAUGCAGAUGCACUCAUUCCUUGGAAGACAGACAACCAGAGAGGUACACUGGGGAAACCAGUGGCGGGUAGUUCCAAGGGUGGAACUGAAACAACAGGCGAGUGUUAUAUGUAUAACAACUGUUUGUUUUCUUCUCUGGAUCACGCUUUGCUCGCAGCGCACAUUGAUUCAUAUGGGGGAGUAUGUUACGAUAUAGAAGCAAUGCGGCCGCGAGCUGGUAGCUUGAAAGCAAAACAUAAUGGGAAUGUUGGGACUGUUCCGUGGGAAACAGAGGGACAGUCAAUUCACAGUGCAGAGGGCACCGGAAUUAGCUCAGAGUGUAAUAUGAGCUGUACAGGAAGUACAGGUGGAGUUUGUCUCUCGACUGCUGGAGCUUGAAGAGAGCAGUCAUGAUUUUUGUAACGCUGCAAAGACAGAAAUAAAGGAAUGUAAAUACGUUUCUGUCUAUCUCUUUCCUGCCUGGGGGCAGGAAAGAGGGGGUGUUCUUCUCACUCUGAGAAGGAUCGCCUAUCGCGACCUCUGCCUGGAUCCUGCUGGGGAAUGCAGACAGGGAGGUCAACAGGAGAUCAAGCCGGGUGCCUGGAGAGUGGCCAGUUUCUCCUGAUAAAGGCUUGAUUCCCAACACACUCUAGGCAACAGGAAAAUGUUGUACUUGACUGCUUCAGUGAAGAUACAUUCCACACCACUGAAUGUUUCCGUCCAAGGUCAUCCCACUCUUGUUUUUCUCUCCCCCCCCCCAGCCAGCCUCCGUACGCUUGAGUGUGAUUGGCCAGCUGAGGGCUCUGACCCACCUCGAUGGACUUCUGAUCACUGAGGAUGAGGCGGCAGCUGCCAUCCAGUUCAUGGCAGACUCGAAAAUCACGCAGGUUAGACAGCCUGGGUUUGUUUGCUCAUUUAAGGCAGUGGCAACGAAGAGUUCAUGGCCCGAGUGGGGCAUCUCCUCAUGGGCAAACCUUUGGAGGGAGGGGAGCAAGGUGUAGUGGGGUCAGCGCUGUCUUUAGCAUAUGCACCGCCGGGGUGCAAAGAUCUGCCCAGCACCCCUAAAUUUCACGUGCACGGCGCCGUUGUGAAUGACAGGCGCCACCGCUGGCACGGCACAUGUUUGGUAAAUGAGUGCACAAAGUCGAAAGUCCUUUAGUGAAACAGUAGGUAUACAUUUCGGUAAUACCUAGGCGUAUAUGUAUUUUGUUUUUUUAGCUUGAUCAAAAUUAUUUAUUUCAUAACAGGUAGAUAGUGAAGAGAUUAGGCAGCUUCAGCGGCAGGCGCCUGGCGCCCCCCCCCCCGAAUUCGGCGUCUGGGUGCCCCGCACCCCUUGCACCCCCGGGUAAAGACGGCCCUGAGUGGGGUAGCAGAACUGGAAAUAAUGCCAAUAUAUUUCACGCCUGACGACGCAUGUGCCCUUUGAGUUUCAGAUAGUACAUGGGUGGACGAGUCGAAGAAGCCCGGGACACAAAUUUUCAAGGCCCUCUAGCGGCUUGGGCGGCUCAUUUGCCAGGAUUUAGCGUUAAGUCUGAAAGUGUCUACUCAGUUCUGACCAGACUUUGUUUUGUGGGCAUUCCCAAGAGGGGAUGCGCAAAGGAUGUGCAACAGGAGAUCCAUUUGGGUCCUGUACGUAUGUCCACCAAGAUUUCCACAACCACCCCAUACUCUGAGCUGCAGACCCACAGACUGCAGGAACAGCUUUUUGUUUUAGAGGGUCCAUAAACAGAAUGGGGGAGAAGUCAGAACAGUGGUCAGUUUGGUUGGGUUGGGAAGCCUCCGUGUGCUAUUGGACUCCAUCUCCCAUCAGUCCCGGCCAGCAUGGGCCAAUAGCGAGGGAUGAUGGGAGUUGCAGUCCAGUGACAGCUGGGAGAGCCACAGGUUCCCCACCCUUGAGGUAGGCAGAGCUAGUUUUCUGUUAAGCUGAUGGUCUCUCCACCAGUGAGUUUCUUCAUCCACCUUGCAAGCUUUACACACUGGAAAGCCAGUGUGGUGUAGUGGUUAAGAGCGGUGGACUCGUAAUCUGGUGAACCGGGUUCGCUUCCCCACUCCUCCGCAUGCAGCUGCUGGGUGACCUUGGGCCAGUCACACUUCUCUGAAGUCUCUCAGCCCCACUCACCUCACAGAGUGUUUGUUGUGGGGGAGGAAGGGAAAGGAGAAUGUUAGCCGCUCUGAGACUCCUUCGGGUAGUGAUAACGCGGGAUAUCAAAUCCAGACUCUUCUAUAGAAAGCCGAAAGUAUGCUUGGCCUACCCAGAAAUGAGCAAAACGAGCCUGCUCUAGCAAGGUUGGGAGAGGGGGAGAAAUCCCCACUCACACAUUUGCUUUAAAAAUGUCUCCAAGGGUGAUUCGAUUGGGUUACGAAACUGCGCGUUCGUCUGCUGCUUGCCUUCAUUUUGGUGGUUUCGUUCCUCCAGGCGUCUCUGGUGGAGAAUUCUCGGACGGACCAAGAAAGGCUUCGCAUACUGAGCAUCCUUCCUCAGGCCGUGAUCCUGACCCAGAUUAGCAAGAACAGAGUGGACGUGUUUCAGAACAACUGGCCUUCUCGGGUAAAGGGAAAACCUUAUCAAAUACCACGUGCUCGUAAAAUCAGAUCUCCUGAAAUUUUGUGAGCGGGUCCACCAUUUCUGGGGCCUGCUGUGCCACCCCCAUUGCCAUUCUCUAACUCUAGAGGACUCUCCCUCAGAAGCCUCUUAGAACCAGAUUCCCCUCCACUCCGUAGGAGAAAAAGAUAGCAGGGUCUCUUUAAUGCUGUGGCUCCCAAAGUGGGCAGUACUGCCCCCCCGGGGGGGUCAGUAGGAUGAUUUAGGGGGGUGCUAGAGGCAAGGGGGCUGCUGGAGGUGUAGACAACUGUCAGCCUUUGGAAGGCUGGCAUCACUGCAUCAAGUUCAUAAGGUUUUGUUGAAUUACCGUAUUUUUCGCUCCAAAAGACGCACCAGACCAUAAGGCGCACCUAGUUUUGGGAGGAGGAAAACAAGAAAAAAUUAUUCUGAAUCCCAGAAGCCAGAACAGCAAGAGGGAUCUGGCUUCUGGGAUAAUGCGUGGCUGUUCUGGCUUCUGGGAUAACCGCGCCAAGCGUCUUCAGGGCAGCGGGAUGAAGGCUCCCCCUGCCCGGAAGAGGCUGCGCGGGGCUAAGGCAGAAGCCAGGACAGGUGCGUCACUGAAGGGGCGCUGCGCAGUUCUCCCUCUCUGAGAGGGAGAACUGCGCAGCGCCCCUUCAGCCAAGCUGCAGAAGGAACAGAAGGAGACCCUUCUGUUCCUCCUUUGGCUUCCAGGACAGGCGCUGCGCAUAGAGGGAGAACUGCACAGCGCCCCUUCAGCGAAGCAGGAGGAGGAACAGAAGGGGCUCCGUUCCUCCUCCCACUUCAAUGAAGGGGUGCUGCGCAGCUCUCCCUCUCUGUGCAGCGCCAUUCAUUCCAUAAGACGUACUCAAAUUUCCCCGUACUUUUUAGGAAGAAAAAUGUGUGUCUUAUGGAGCGAAAAAUACAGUAAAUAAACUAGCUUUAAUUAAAUAAGUGUGCAAUUAGCUGCUACUUUUUUUGGAAUUUUAUUGGGUCAUUAUCUUACCUUAGUGGCUCGUGGAAACAGCUAUUCUGAAUAAGGGUAGGGGGCACUGGGAAUGAUUUUUUGGAACGAAGCAGGUGGAACGGAAAAGUUUGCGUUUGACAGAUAAGAUAAAAGCAGACUGUUCCAAAAUCCCUUCCGUGGCUCCAUCUCAGAGUAAGCAGUUUGUGGUUAUAAUGGAGCCGCCUUCCUCUGACCAGUCAGGCUAACGGUCCAUCAAGCUGACUGAUAGGCAACCAUUUCCCAAGCUCUCUGGACAAACCUCAGGUCCAGCUCCUUUCAGCAUAGUGCACGGGGGCACAGUUCUCAUUCUCCCUCCUCAAUGACCACCCACCGUUCGUAGUCCGUUCCACAAAAUAAGGCCAUUGGACAAGGCAGUCCAGGGAGAUCCUCAGGCACCCCGACCUGUCACAGUCUGUGUUGCGGCCCAUCAUCCAGAAUCAUGUUAAUUUGCCAUGUAGAAAAGGUUAAAAGCUCCUCUGUCAGUUCGAUUUGUUGCGCGGCGCAUAGCAUAGCUAGAGGAGAACACAUUUGGGCAGAUGAGCAUAGCGUUCUGCUCUUUGUACAUUAAGGGAAGCGCAUUCACAGAGGCUGCCAAGAGAGGCGGACGUUUCAGCCCAUGGUGUCAACAUUACACUGUGUGACAUCGGUGCCAAAGGUGAUUCGUAUCGGGGGAAGGACGCAUUUUUGCUGAAAACAUAUAUGCAUUGCAACAAGCGGCGAAAAGAGAAACCUCUGGGGGUUGUUGCGGAGGUAGUUACUGGGUUUCAGAGAGAUGGGUCCAUAACACACCUCAGUUACCUGUCCACGGGAGAAUCUUUUGAAAGCCGCUGUCUCACUGCCUCAGUCUCCACCUCUGUAAAAUGGGAAUCCUGGGAAGCUAGAUUCCCACAUUAUUGUGAAGAUGAAAGCAAGUAAUGAGAUAUAAAUCAGCAUAGCAGCACUGCGUUUUAUGGUUUAUCCUUUUUUAAAGUGUCAAUAAGAAAUUUUAAAGUGUUGGCGAUCAGUCGAAAUUUAGGCAGGUAUUAGCCUCUGUACAUUAUUGUUUAAAUGCAGCACCCAAUGUGCAAACACACUCACAGAAACUGAACUAUAGAAAUAGUGAUUAUUAUUAUCAUUACAGUCAUACCUUGUGUUGCGUUUGCUUCAGGUUGAGUGUUUUCAGGUUGCGUCCCACGGCGACCCAGAAGUACCGGAAAGGGUUACUUCCGGGUUUCGCCGCAUGCGCAGACACGCAAAAUGACGACAUGCGCAUGUGCAGAAGUGACAAAUCACAACCCGCAGCUGCGCAGACGCGGGUUGCGUUCUGCUCAUGUUGCGAACGGGCCUCUGGAACGGAUCCCGUUCGCAACCAGAGGUACCACUGUAUUAUUAUUUAUUACAGUUGUUAGUCGCUUUAUACAAGAAGAAAAGACUCAGUGAAAUUCAGCGAGAUAAAAUAUGCUCCUGUCUGUCGUUCAGGGUAGGAUAGGCUGUGCACCAAACAUCAUGUGCACUGAUGACUCUCAUACCUAGAAUCCCGAAUUCAUUGAUUCAGCAGAAUUAUACAGUUAUGAUUGUGUUUUCUCCUCCCCCCCCUCCCCCUGCCCUAACAGAUCACGGUGUUAGACCUUGACGGGCAACAUCUCAGCAGAAUCAGUGGCUUGGACAAACUGGAGAAUUUGCGGUGGGCAUCCUUUAGCAACAACAACCUCACUAAAAUAGAAGGGCUGGAUACUUGCCAAAAUCUGGAGGAGCUCACGGUAGAUGGAAACUGCAUCACAACCCUCGAGGGUAAGGUAUUUUGCAUGCUCCGUUCCGAAUAUCCACAGCUUUGGGCGUUCCUGGACUUGGCUCUGCUCCCAGGGAGGAGGCCGGGGCCAGGAGCACUUCUGCACAGCGGCAGCUUUUGCAAGAGCUUUGCCAUUUCCUGGAGAAGAAGGGCGUCACAUGAUUGUCCGCCUUGGAGAAGCAGUGCUUCGAAAGGGCAGCUUUCAGUUCAGGGCCCUUGAUACUCGAUGGCACUGGCUUCUGAAUUGUUUUUGGGUCCAUGGGUGUAGCCAGGAUUUAUGUUACAGCGUGGGCAGGACAGCCACCCGUCACCAUCCUCUGUCUCUUUCUCGCAGAUUCGGAAUGAAGUGUCUCAACAACAGUUGUUUGUUUAUUAUUGUUGUUGUUGUUUAGUCGUUUGGUCAUGUCCGACUCUUCGUGACCCCCUGGACCAGAGCCCGCCGGGCACUCCUGUCUUCCACUGCCUCCCGCACUUUGGUCAGACUCAUGCUGGUAGCUUCGCGCACACUGUCCAACCAUCUCGUCCUCUGUCGUCCCCUUCUCCUUGUGCCCUCCAUCUUUCCCAACAUCAGGGUCUUUUCCAGGGAGUCCUCUCUUCUCAUGAGGUGGCCAAAGUCUUGGAGCCUCAGCUUCAGGAUCUGUCCUUCCAGUGAGCACUCAGGGCUGAUUUCCUUCAGAAUGGAUAGGUUUGAUCUUCUUGCAGUCCAUGGGACUCUCAAGAGUCUCCUCCAGCACCAUCAUUCAAAAGCAUCAGUUCUUCGGCAAUCAGCCUUCUUUAUGGUCCAGCUCUCACAUCCAUAUAUUAUUAUUAUUAUUAUUAUUAUUAUUAUUAUUAUUAUUAUCAUCAUCAUUUUACUUUGUCAAAGUAAUAAUCAUACAUAAAUAAGAAUAAAAAUGUGCACCCUACCACCGAGACCAUUCCAUUGCAACUAUCCAACCUCCUAAAAUUUCAGCACCUCUUGCGAUUGUUUGACCCCUUUCCGUUUUAACAGUACAAUUGUACCUCUUGUUACGUCAGUCUCCGGUUGUGUUUUUUAGGAUACGAACGCAGCGAACCCGGAAAUGUAUACUUCCAGGUUUUGCCCUGCGUGCAUGCGCAGAAACACUCUAUCGCGCCAUGCGCAUGCGCAGAAGCCGUGCUCUAGUUGCGGACUUUUCGGGGUGCAAAUGGCACCCCGGAAUGGAUCGAGUCCGUAACUAGAGCUAGCACUUUACAAAUUCUACAAACACCCUCCAUAUCUCCUCAAAAUCAUUUCUCCUGGGUAUUCCCCAUCUUACCUUAAUGGCACACGUUAAUUUAUCAUUAAUAGCUAUAUCCCACACCUCUUUAUACCAUUCUUCCUUUUUAUAUUCUGCUUGCCCCUUCCACUUCCUACAUAUAAUAAUUUGUGCAGCUGUCAAUAAAUUUGUGAGCGGGUCCUUCAUAGCCUGCGAACCUUUCACCCCAUGGUAAAUUGAUAAUAAUGCUACCUCUGGACUUUUGAUUUCUGUUAUCUUCUUAAACACCCUUUGCUAGAAAAAUUGUACAUAUUUAUACCCCCGCCACAUGUGAACAUAAUUCCCAGUUUCCUAGGAACAACAGUUGUUUUAAAUUACUUUUUUUUGACCACCAGUGCUCUGAGAAAUAUGUCAAAACCUUCAGUCAUUUUAAAACUAGUCAAAUUUUUAAUAAUUAACACCAGGGUGUACCUUUCAUGUGGUUAAAGAGAAUAUUUUGCAAAAUUACAAAGAGCACACCUUUUUUUAUCUUAUUUUUAAAAAAAUCUUAACUUUUCUCGGAUUUGCUGAAAACGAUGAAAAGCUUCCAGAACCAAGCUCCCUGCGAUGUGAUUGGUCAGUUCGCGGAAGCCACGCCUAUUGCUCAGUUGGGUUGCCAGUUUUUUAUUAUUUAUUCAUUUAUUUAAUUUGCCGGGGGGGGGGAGGCAGACAAUUUUGUCCCUUUGCCUUGCUUUCUCUGCCUCCGCUUGAGAAAUAAUCGUCGUCGUCGGUUUAUUUAGUUACUUAAUGUACUGUACUUAAAUAUAUGGUGGUACCUUGAAGUCCCACGGAAUCCGUUCCAGAAGUCCAUUUGACUUCCAAAACGUUUGGGAACCAAGGCGCUGCUUCCGAUUGGCUGCAGGAAGCUCCUGCAGCCAAUCGAAAGCCACGGAAGCCAUGAUAGUUUCCAAAGAACAAUCACUUCCGGGUUUGCGGCAUUCGGGAGCCAAAAGGUUCGUUCGACUUCCGAGAUACGACUGUCCCGCCUCUUCCCCAAGCCAGGAUUCAAGGUGGCUUCCAACGUCUACAAAACAUUGUUCUCAAAUGCAUAGUGAAAAGCUGGUUAAGAGCAAUAUUUCUGGUUAGUUGAGAUUCUUGCCUUGCAGGGGGUUGGUCUAGAUGACUCAUGGGACACCUUCUGACUCCACAUUUCUAGGAAGAGUUAAAAUACACCAAAAUACAUUUAGAACCAGCAGUUAAGAUAGUUUGCCUUGACGGAAGCCCGGUGAUCGGCACUUCGGUUUUCAAAGACCUGUCUGAACAGGAAGGACUUGGCCUUCAUCACUGUUGUUGUUGUUGUUAAGGGAAGGAGUUCCACAAUAUGGAAGCAGCCACAGAGAAAGCUCGCUCCCUUGUGUCACAGCUCUCGCCAGAAACGUUCUUUCUUCCCCUUCCCCAGGCAUUUCGAAGCUCUGCAAGCUCAUGAGGUUGAGUGCCAACAACAAUCACCUCACCAGCCUGGAGAGGAAUGUUUUUGAUAACUUGUCUCACCUCCAUUAUCUCUCUCUGGAGAACAACCGGAUCACUUCUUUGGCGGGCUUGCAAAAAGCCUAUGCGCUCAUUGAACUCUACAUAAGCAACAACUACGUUUCCUCCAACCAAGAAAUAUAUCAGCUGAAGGUAAAGGGGGGGGGACACCGUCACUUUAAAAGCGUGAAUGAAAGUCAAUCACCCAUCUCCUACUACCCUCCUGAGAAAAACCCCACCCCACCCUCCCACUAUAUACAGUGGUACCUCAGGUUAAGUACUUAAUUCGUUCCAGAGGUCCGUACUUAACCUGAAAUUGUUCUUAACCUGAAGCACCACUUUAGCUAAUGGGGCCUCCUGCUGCCGCCGCACCGCCGGAACACGAUUUCUGUUCACAUCCUGAAGCGAAGUUCUUAACCUGAAGCACUAUUUCUGGGUUAGCGGAGUCUGUAACCUGAAGCAUAUGUAACCUGAAGCGUACGUAACCCGAGGUACCACUGUAUAAUGGUCUGGUGACUUCUGUUUCAGUGUAUCUCAAAAAGUGUGCAUGCACAUGAAAGCUUAUACCAAUAACAAACUGAGUUGGUCUCUAAGGUGCUACUGGACAAUUUUUUUAUAUAUUUUCGACUGCAUCAGACCAACAUGGCUACCUACCUGAAUGAAACUCUUGUGGGUAUGUAGUGUCAUGCCAAAGAGAAGGGAUUGUGAACCACUGAGUCUGUUACCCCUCAAAUGGAAACACAGCUAUUCUUUGAAAUUCUUGUUUUUGGUAUUUGGUUAAAUAUAAAAUAUGGUAGUGUUAUAAAAAUAGAAUUCUCUGGAUGGCUAGAUCCAGGUUUGGGGCCAGUGCUCUUUGGUGAGAGAGCCCCAGUAGAGAUUUAAAAUCACAAAGUAUACAGCAAAGUAAUGCUUGGAAAUAUAAGCUGUUACAACAAUAAAUAUAUCCCCUUCUAAGUUGCUUCCAAAGUUCCCCUUACUUCCUUUAAUGUAGAAAGAAAUCACAUGUUUGGUAGGUUAAAAGUGGUUUACUUACAGACUCUUCAAAGGUCAGAUUCAUGUGCUUUUCCAUACGGCAGUAAGAAAACACAGGCAGUAAGACUUAGUUUCUAAAUUGUAUAGAAACACAAAGAUGGCUUUCUUAAGCCAUGUGGUCUAAGCUUGGAGCAUCCAACUCCGUACUAGUAGGGUUCACACAGUGGAAAGGUGGAAAGUGGGAGAACCAGACGCUUGAUAACACCAGCCUUCUUUUCCAGGGUCUAAACAAUCUGGUCAUCCUGGACAUGUAUGGAAACCUGAUCGUUUGGAAGCAGGAUAACUACCGCCUCUUUGUAAUUUUCCAUAUCCCAUCUCUGAAAGCCUUGGACGGUACCGCAGUGGUGAGCUCCUUUUCUACAUAAAGGAUAUGUAUAAAACUUUUAUGUCUUAUAAGCAAAGAAGGCAGUCAGCCCCAAUCAGAGAAUACAGAGUCAGUGUUGAAUAUUGUGCUUUGUUGAAUAUUGUGUUGAAUAUUGGGACCUUGGGGCAAAUGUAGGGUUGCCAUAUUUCAAAAAGGAAAAACCAGGACACCCCAAAAAUUGUUGAGUUCUCGCAGUGAGGGAACCUCCAGAAGGCCCUCGGCACUGGACCUCAGUGUCUGGGCAGAGCGAUGGGGGUGGAGACGCUCCUUCAGGUAUACUGGACCGAGGCCGUUUAGGGCUUUCAGGAUCAGCACCAACACUUUGAAUUGUGCUCAAAAACGUAAUGGGAGCCAAUGUAGGUCUUUCAAGACCACUGUUAUGUGGUCUCGGCGGCCACUCCCAGUCACCAGUCUAGCUGCCACAUUCUGGAUUAGUUGUAGUUUCCAGGUCACCUUCAAAGGUAGUACAAGCAAGAGAUAACUAGAGCAUGCACCACUCUGGUGAGACAGUCUGUGGGCCGGUAGGGUCUCAGCCUGCAUACCAGAUGGAGCUGAUAAACAGCUGCCCUGGACACAGAAUUGACCUGCGCCUCCAUGGACAGCUGUGAGUCCAAAAUGACUCCCAGGCUGCGCACCUGGUCCUUCAGGGGCAGUUAUCCCAUUCAGGACCAGGGAGUCCUCCACAUCUGCCCGCCUCCUGUCUCCCAAAAACAGUACUUCUGUCUUGUCAGGAUUCAACCUCAAUCUGUUAGCUGCCAUCCAUCCUCCAACCGCCUCCAGACCUUCACCGCCUUCACUGGUUCUGAUUUGAGAGGUAGAGCUGGGUAUCAUCCGCAUAUUGAUGGACACCCAGCGCAAACCCCCUGAUGAUCUCUCCCAGCGGCUGCAUGUAAAUGUUGAAAAGCAUGGGGGAAGAGAACGGAACCCUGAGGCACCCCACAAGUGAGAGCCCAGGGGUCUGAAUACUCAUCCCCCAACACCACUUUCUGAACACGGCCCAGGAGAAAAGAGCGGACGCAGAUGUGCUGUGUACACUCUGCAAAUAACGACUUUCUUCUUAUCUCUCUCCUGAAUCUUCCAACAUCCAGCUUCAAUCUUCUAACUUUCAUUUCGGCUCUCAGUUAAAAAUAAAUAAAUUAAUGUCCUCAAUGCAGGAAGCAGCUGAAACUGAAAACGCUAAAGAUUUAUUUGGGGGCAAACUUAAUGCGGAUAUGGUUGCGGAAAGACUGGGCCAUUCCAACUUCAGCAAAAUGCAAGAAUUAAAUUGGACGGCCUCUAUGAUCAGGUCAGUAAUAUUUUUAACACGAGUGACAAGGACUGUGGGCAGCUGCCCAGCUCUGAUUGUCAGCAGAGUUCCUAAAACCACACAUCGGCGCUUACCACUAAUUGUCCCUGAAUCCCUUUAAAAAGGGAUAUGAUAGCCAUUUUCAAAUAUAUAAAAGGAUGUCACAUAGAGGAGGGAGAAAGGUUGUUUUCUGCUGCUCCAGAGAAGCGGACACGGAGCAAUGGAUCCAAACUACAAGAAAGAAGAUUCCACCUAAACAAUAGGAAGAACUUCCUGACAGUAAGAGCUGUUCGACAGUGGAAUUUGCUGCCAAGGAGUGUGGUGGAGUCUCCUUCUUUGGAGGUCUUUAAGCAGAGGCUUGACAACCAUAUGUCAGGAGUGCUCUGAUGGUGUUUCCUGCUUGGCAGGGGGUUGGACUCGAUGGCCCUUGUGGUCUCUUCCAACUCUAUGAUUCUAUGAAAAAGUACAGCUCCCACCAUGCCUGGCUAGGGAUGGGAAGCUCCCUAGAGAAGCCAGCCUGGCUCCCUCCUUGCUGUCCUUCCACUGGUAUGUGAAGAAGACCUCCUUAUUCCAGCAGGCUUUUGGGAACUGGCUGCUUUUAAUGAAAGGGCUGGUGCCUUGAUUUGUGUGUGUGUAUGAAACAUGCAGUGGUUGGAAUUGCUCUAAGCUGGACUUGCACGCAGGGGCGGAGCAAGGUAGGUAGACUCUGCCCUGUAGGGUGGUAGGUAGACUCCUCGUCGCAAGGCAUGCGAUCUCCGCAAAAGAAAGCUCAACAACUCUGUCUCCCCCCCCCCAAAAAAAAUGAAAUAAAGUCAAACCAUUUUUGCAGGCAAUUUUUUUAAAAAAAAAAAUCAAUGUCGGGGAGGGUGACAAGAAAUUUUUCGGACCGGGUAUCACCUGACCUUGCUACGCCACUGCUUGCAUGCCUGGAGAGGGAGUGUAGUUCUAUGGCAGAGCACAGCCUUUGCACACAGAAGGUACCAGGUUCCAUCGCCACCAUCUCCAGUUAAAUAGAUAAUGAGUAGAAGACAUGGAAAGCCUCUGCCUGAGAUUCUGGAGAGUGGCUGCUGCUGCUGCCGGUCAGAGAAGACAAUAUGGAUCUAGCUGGACCAAUUGGUCUGCCCUGGAGUAAGGAGGCUUCCUAUGUUCCUAGACCAAUGUUUUCUUUCUCUGUCUCUUUUAAUUUUUAUUUAUACUUUUCAGGUUUAUACAUUUCCUUAAUUUUACAGUGAUUUUAACAUUUCAAAACUUGACUUCCUUCCCCCUCUUUCUGCGGUUCCUUAAAGUUAUUAUUGUUUUUUAUAUCUUCUGCAUAUCCAAAUUCAUUUAAUUUGCUCACUUGUUUAUCUACUUUAAAUAUAUACUCUUGCUAUAACUGGACGCGGGUGGCGCUGUGGGUAAAACCUCAGUGCCUAGGACUUGCCGAUCGUAAGGUUGGCAGUUCGAAUCCCCACGGUGCGGUGAGCUCCCAUCGUUCAGUCCCAGCUCCUGCCCACCUAGCAGUUCGAAAGCAACCCUAAGUGCAAGUAGAUAAAUAGGUACUGCUUUAUAGCGGGAAGGUAAACGGCGUUUCCGUGUGUGGCACUGGUGCUGGCUCGCCAGUGCAGCUUCAUCACGCUGGCCACAUGACCCGGAAGUGUCUUCGGACGGCGCCGGCUCCCGGCCUCUUGAGCGAGAUGAGCUCGCAACCCUAGAGUCGGUCACGACUGGCCCGUACGGGCAGGGGUACCUUUACCUUUACCUUGCUAUAACUGCAGGUUAUUAUAAUAAUUUUUACCUGUUUGCAGUUUAUCUGUAAAUAUUCAAUAAACCAUUUCCAUUCUUUUAUAAAAAGUUUGUUAUCUUGAUUUCUUAUUCUUCGGUAAGUUUCACCAUUUCUGCAUAUUCCAUAAGUUUUUGUAUCCAUUUUUCCUUUGUUGGGACUUCUGCUUCUUUCCAUUUUGGGGCAAGUAACAUUCUUGCUGCUGUAGUAGCACACAUAAAUAAAUUUCUGUACGAUUUAAGUAGUUCUGUCCCUAUAAUUCCCAAAAUGUUUUCCAUUUGCUUUGAAAAGGGAAAGAAAAGCUCUGUUGGUGCUUCCUUAGAGCAUUCCUCAGGGCGGGAAACAGCAUCAAGUUUUAUUUACCAUCUGCCCUCUCUAAAUGUCUUCUUUCUUUCUUUCCUUUGUCUGACUCAGAAUGGUGGAUCUUGCGCCAGCAGACCAGUUUAAGAACAUCACCAGCGUGAAUUUGCAGAACAACAACCUCACCUCUUUCAGUGGUCUGGUCUACCUCCCUAACAUCAAGGUGAGUCAUCUGUGCUUCCUAUUCUUCCCCUCUCAUUCACAGGGAAUAGAGUGCAGAUAUAGAUGGCCCUGGUGUGGGUGUGCGAGGGCUAUUUCAGACUUACUUUUUAAAAAAUUAUUACCAUUUACUACAACUAUGCCCCAGUUUUCAGUCUUGCGUCUCAGUCUUCGUUCUCUCCUCCUCCACGGAUUAUUAUAAGGGUGAAUGCUGUGAAGUUCAUACAUUGCUUUGCAAUGUCAAGGAUAGUAGCAGCCAGGGGUAGUAGCCUCAGAAGUUCUAGAGAAGGGAUGGGGAACCUGCAGCCCUGCAAAUGUUCUUGGAGUCCCAUCAGCUCCAGCCAGCCUGGACCAGUGGACAGUGAUGAUGGGAGCUGGAUACAGAGGGCCACGGGUUUCCCACCCCGGCUCAAAAGGCUGCUGUCAGGAGUGAGGCAGCAGUAAAUCACACUGUGUGAGUUAACUCUUUAUUAGCCAAAACGUGAUCGGCAUAGGAGUGUCAGGCUUAAUUAAGCAGCUCUUGAGACUGAAGGUUCCCACCUCCUCACAGCUGCCUAAGUCCCCUCUGUAGGGAUGCGGGUGGCACUGUGGUCUAAAACACUGAGCCUCUUGAGCUUUCUGAUCGGAAGGUCAGCAGUUCGAAUCCAUGCAACAGAGUGAGCUCCCGUUGCAUUGUCCAAGCUCCUGCCAAUCUAGCAGUUCAAGAGCAUACCAGUGUGAAUAGAUAAAUAGGUACCACUGCGGCAGAAAGAUAAACGGCAUUUCUGUGUGCUCUGGCUUCCGUCUGUGGACAAAUGCCAGCUCCCUCGGCCUGAAAGUGGAGAUGAGGGCCACACCCUAUAGUCAAAUUCAACUGGACUUAACCAUCCAGGGGUCCUUUACCUUUACCUUUACCAAGUCCCCUCCACUCCAUGAUUUCCCCCCAAGCAAUUGGAGACUGUGCCUGGAUGUCUCUUCUCCGCCCUUUUCCUGCCUCUUCUGAUUCUGGGAGACCUUCUCCCUCUGCCCCCUCAUCGUUGUCCCACCACCGCUCCCCGGGUUCUGAGCCUUCUUCCCUUGGGGGUUCCCCAGCUGGUCACUCUCACCAUUCUUCUACAUCUAACCAGUCCACAACAUCCUAGGACUAAGCAGGUCAGAACUGUGGAUCUGUCUUUAUUCCCUGUUUGCGCUACUUGCCCCAUCCUAGGUCAUAGAAUCAUAGAAAAUUAUAGAGUUGGAAGAGAUCACAAGGGGUCAUCUGGUACAACCCAACGCAGAGGGUCAAUUAUGGGUCCUUUUUACAUGGCCAAACUGAAUUCACCUGAUAUCCUCCGACUCCCUUUUUUUAUGCAGGUCCUCUGCCUCAACUACAAUCACAUCGAGUCGAUCCUUCCCAGGCAGAAGGUUUCAAAUCACUUAACCAACAGGCAGCUGCUGUACCAGAAAGUGACAUCCAGCGGCUACGGACAGCAAGGAUCUUCCAAAGGAAACAGGUAUGGCGUAGAUAAGUCCAGCAGGAGCUGCUGAAGACGGACGGGUGUUCUGAGGCCGAUCUAGAAGCACCGUUGCUUUGUGAAACCCAGAUGGAUGAUGCUUCCCCUUUGGGAGGUUGGUCUCUGGAGGGAGAACCAUUUCUAUGCAUUUACAGUGGGGGCUGCCUGCUUCCCAAGUCAGACACCCUGGGUCCCCCUAGUCAACAGCUCCAUUUGGAGCUUUUUCUGGGGCACAUUCUGAUGGGGGUGCAGAGGAGGGGAACUGGUGUGUGAACGACCCAGACUGGUAAACGAAGGCCUUGAGAUACUGUGGACAAGUUCCUGGCGGAGGCAUGAAGAGAAAACAAAUGGAAUCUCUCUUGCAUCUCGGCCUUUUGUUCCAGACGUGUGAGCCCCUUAUAUCUGCUUAAUCUAUGAAAAUCAGACUGCUUUGUCCAGCCUUCUCCUCGGUCAGUUUGGUCCAGGUGUACAGUGAGGCUUUUGUGCUUUUCUCAGAAACAUCUGGCAAAAGAUAUGCAUGGGUUUUGCAGGUCUGAUAUCUCCGAAAUACCUUAAUCAGGCUUAUCAGUCGGGGUAUUAAGUCCUUGAACCCUUUAGUUAAUUAAAAACUGCUUAAUUCCACUGUCUGAUUCGCGGGGUAUCAGUACGACCUUUCCUUCUUAAGGCAAUUAAGUCCUCCCUUUCAGCCUGCUUUCAGUAAUCAUCUCAGGCCUCUUCUGUGUAUGAGUAUUCUCAUAGCAAUGGCCAUCGGAAGUGUUUGCUCUUUGUGCUUCAGAGCACAGACAGUCCAACCGUGAGGCAGGAUGAGGCGGCCGCCUCGGGUGGCACCUCUUAAGGGGCGUGAUUUGGACUCCUUCCAUGCAGACUGAAGGUGUAAAUGGGUGAAUAAACCAUAUUUCUUAAAGCUGUGACAGUCCCUGCUACAUCUUCAGUUCCCCAAAGGAACAAAAACCCUGAAUGAGUGCCUGGAACCUCAUAGUCUCUUGCCACCACUUGGCAGAGAGCAGGGUUGGCACCCAACUUUUGUAACACCUAAAAAUGCGAUGUAGGAAUAUGACCAGUGAGUUUGCACACAAAUGCGCGUUCUCCAGGUAGGCCUGUCAAGGGGCCAGGAAUGGCUGAAGCUUCCUGCUGAUAAUGCACCCAGGAACACUCCCCUGGGUGCGCUUCUGUGUAAUAAUAAUAAUAAUAAUAAUAAUAAUUUAUUAUUUAUACCCUGCCCAUCUGGCUGGGUUUCCCCAGCCACUCUGGGCGGCUUCCAACAAAACACUAAAAUACAAUAACCUAUUAAACAUUGAAAGCUUCCCUAAACAGGGCUGCCUUCAGAUGUCUUCUAAAAGUCUGGUAGUUGUUGUUCUCUUUGACAUCUGGUGGGAGGGCAUUCCACAGGGAGGGUGCCACUACCAAGAAGGCCCUCUGCCUGGUUCCCUGUAACUUGGCUCCCUGUAAAAGCUCCCUGGUUCCCUGUAACACAGCGAGGGAACCGCCAGAAGGCCCUCAGCGCUGGACCUCAGUUAACUUAACCUGGCAUGCCAGACCCGUAAAGAGGAAGUGCGCCGAAACCUCAGAAGUAACCUCCAUUUGGCCGAUCCCUGACUUUUCCUAUGCAGAGCGGCAGAAGUAUUGCAUUCUGAUGUCUUGCUCCACUUUGCCCUGGCAGCAAAGGGCUGUUGCCAAGGGGUUGUCAUAAAACUUUUACUAAACAGAAGCAACCAGCAGUUUCCAGCUGCUCCACUUUUCCUCCUGUCAGGCAUUUUGCUGGGGGAAGAGUGGAUUUCCAUGUUAAUGCCCGAAGUCCGUGGUGGGGGUUCCAGCUCUGCUGUUUUAACAGCAGCGGGGUGUCCUCGCCCAGCCCUGCUUCAAAGCUCUAGCAAAACUCUGUGCGUUGGGGUGGGGGUAAGCUGUAUGUAAAUUUCUUUCUUGGCAGUUGGCGGCUGAGCUCUGUCCCCUGACAUGGUCCCCUUGUUGUUUCAGGGACGUGGGAGCCAAUGAAAGCUUGCCUCCGAUCAUGGAAAGCUUAGAAGUUCUCCAUCUGGGCUACAAUGGGAUUGCCAGUUUGGCCUCGCUGCAGAUUAGCAGGCUAAAAAACCUGAAGUUUCUGUUCCUACAGGGUAAGUAACAACAGUAGUAUAAACAGUCAUUAUCACGUGUUCAUAUGAUACCUUUUUUGGGGGGAGGGGAGAUGGAAGAGAGGUCUGUAAGGACGUCUGGGGGGGUGGGCUGGAACCCUGAGUUGGAGCACAGCAACAUUUGAUUGCAGACUCAGCUUGUAGUAUAUAUAAUCCCCAACUAAAUGUUACCCAUUCGCUUCCCAGAAGCCACUGCAGACUUCUAAACAAGGCCAGAGGUAGACCAGUUGAUCUGUGGGGUUUUGUGUGUGUCUGUGUGUGUAUAUAUACAGGGCUUUUUUCCAGCCACAACUCACCGGAACUCAGUUCCAGCACCUCUCAGGUAGGCGCCAUUGCCAAUAUAAGAGAACAAGGGUUCGUAGUGAGUUCCGGCACCUCUUUUUCUAGAAAAAUAGCACUGUGCAUAUGUGUGUUUCUGUGUGUGUUGUAUUUUAUAAGGUUUUAUUAAGACUUUUCAUAAUACAUUACAAUAAAAAACAAACUAAAUAAAAAUAAAAAUACAAAGUCCUCUUUCGUAGGUAAAUUUUAACUUAAGCAAUCCAAUCUGGCUUGUCCAGAUUGGUUUUGAUCCUGGUAAAUCCCCUUUGUUCCCUCUUCAAAAGAACAAAGACACAACAGUCUUCUUUAAAAGUAUAACAAGAAGUUUACUUACAUUCAGUUCACAGUAGGUUCCCUGAAGGCAGGUUUUAGCUUGUAGUUACAGGAAAGAGAGUGGGUUCAUCCCAUGUAGGGAUAUGAGCCCAUGUGCUGCUAGCUGAGAGCCAGCAGACAGCAAAAUACAUCAAGAGAACAGCAUCAAGAGUUGAAGAAGUCAACAGAGCAAGAGGAGGAUGGCUGCGUGACUGUCCCUUUUUACAGGGUCUCACAGGGUCACGCCCAUCUACCUGGUCACAAGCAGGGGGAGACCAGGUAUGACAGGAAGUCCUCCUGGCUGGAGUAACAUCCCCCUGUGUGUCCGCUCUGGGCAAACAGGAAGUGUUGUACUUGACUGCUUUUGUUACACCCCACAUCCUUUGCUCUUGCCACUGCAGGCAACGAGAUCAGCCAGAUCGAGGGGCUUGAUGGCCUGCAGCUUCUACAGGAAUUAGUGCUGGAUCAUAACCGACUCAAAGCAAUCCAUGAGAAUUCGUUUGCUAAGCAGAGCUCCCUGGUGGCGCUUCACCUGGAGGAGAACCGCCUGAGAGAACUGAACAAUUUGCAUUGCUUGGUGAAGCUGCAGAAGCUUUUCCUUGGCCUCAAUAGAAUUCAGGUACAGUGGAUCUGGUGGGAGAGAGCGGAGCAAGCCUCCCCCGACCUGGCGCCCUCCAGAUGUGUAGGAGCUGCAGUCUAAAACAGCUGGGGGCACCAACUUGGGGAAGGGCUGGAUGCAAAAGGUUCCAGUGCUGAAUUCUGCACUCAGCUUGUCUUUUGCUGUUAGGAAAGAGAAAAUCUAUCCAUUUUGGUUUCUCUCCAUUUCUCAUUUUUCCAAAGUGCAGUUUUUCAAUUUCCGCAUCAGUUUGCAAAUUCUUGUUUUAAAAAACCCUCUUGAAGCUUCAUCAGCAAAUUCCUCCUAAUGAUCACAUAUUUGUAUCCAGCUUUGGCUAGAACACACCUUUUUUGCAAAUGAAUUUUUCCUAAUGCAAUGCAUGCUUCUGUGUUAUGUGAGCAUUUGAUUGCAUACUUUACCUUGGUAUAUGCAUUUUAUUUGGUACACUUGGCUGGAGAACUGCAAAAUUCUGGAGAAGUGCAGAUUUGAAAGGAUGGUUGUGUUUCGAUUGACGCACUGUUUUGGGAAGGGUGAAUUAGGUAGGCUUGCCUUUGAAGGGGGACUGGAAUAAAUUUCUGCCCCAUCCCUAAUUGCAAUGGAUCUUGUGCCGCUAACUCUUAGGAUAGUAAUAAUAAUAAUAAUAAUAAUAAUAAUAAUAAUUUAUUAUUUAUACCCCGCCCAUCUGGCUGGGCUUCCCCAGCCACUCUGGGCGGCUUCCAAAAAAAUAUUAAAAUACAGUAAUACAUCAAACAUUAAAAGCUUCCCUAAACAGGGCUGCCUUCAGAUGUCUUCUAAAAGUCUGGUAGUUGUUGUUCUCUUUGACAUCUGGUGGGAGGGCGUUCCACAGGGAGGGUGCCACUACCGAGAAGGCCCUCUGCCUGGUUCCCCGUAACUUGGCUUCUCUCAGUGAGGGAAAUGCCAGAAGGCCCUCGGCGCUGGAUCUCAGUGUCCGGGGUGGAGAUGCUCCUUCAGAUAUACUGGACCGAGGUCGUUUAGGGCUUUAAAGGUCAGCACCAACACUUUGAAUUGUGCUCGGAAACGUACUGGGAGCCAGUGUAGGUCUUUCAAGACUGGUGUUAUAUGGUCUUGGUGGCCGCUCCCAGUCCCCAGUCUGGCUGCCGCGUUCUGGAUUACUUGUAGUUUCCGGGUCACCUUCAAAGGUAGCCCCAUGUAGAGCGCAUUGCAGUAGUCCAAGCGGGAGAUCAGUCAAGAAACAAUUGAGCCAACAAAUGGUCAACUGGGAAUUAGGGGUCGUGAUUUGAAUAGACUGGAAUACGACUGGGAAAUCUGUAGCCCUCCAGAUUUUGGACCACUACUCCCAUCAUCCCUGGCCAUUCCCCAGGCUGGCUAGGACUGAUGGCAGUUGCAGUCCUCCAGUAGUUGGAGGGGCACAGGCUCCCCAUUCCUGCCCAAAUUGAUCCCUGAAGGGCUCCGUAGCAAAGCUGUAUGAAGAUUCCUGCAUAAGAUUGUCAGUGCUUGCAUUCCUCAGGAAAGCUUUCAAUGGCUCUUGAAUACAACCUUUUUUAAUCUUGGGACAGGAGUUGUCAGAACUUGAAAAGCUUGAUUGUCUUCCAUGCAUUAAAGAGCUCUCGAUAUAUGGAAAUCCGGUGAGUAAAGCUGAGGUUUACCUUCAUCUCAUUAACUAUGCACAAUCUAUUUAGUAAGUGCUUCGCAGGAUGCUGCCUUAAGACUGAAGUGCUCGCAAAGAGGCCGGACAUGCUUUAGUUGUGAUACCUGCAUUGCAGGGGGUUGGACUAGAUGACCCUUGGGGUCCCUUCCAACUCUAUAGUUCUGUGAUUCUAUGAUCUCAUUCUGGAAUAUUCGGAACUCAUUUUCAUGAUGUUAAGUACAGUGUUUUUUGUGUGCGUUUUGGUAUCCCCAAACAAGUCAUAUACCAUUUGACAGUAAAUAUAUCCAUGAGAAAGCCUGGAAAUGUUUUGAGUGCAAGACAGUAGUCAUUAAAUUGUAUAUGUGCCUCUUCUAAAAUGAUGCCUUUUAGAAAGCACAAUGGGUGGGACAAGACUGAAAGCAGAUCCAGAGUUUGUCUUGGACAUAUGCGUGUGCAUAUGGCAAGUUUAGAAGCAAGAUUUCCCUCCAUGGGUGCUUACUGUUAAGUAUGUUACAUCUGUCUUCACUGUGUUGUGUUACAUCUGUCUUUGCUGUGUUGUGUUACAUCUGUCUUCACUGUGUUUGUUACAUCUGCCUUCGCUGUGUUAUGUUACAUCUGUUAGCUAACUGUAGGGCCUAAACCUGAACCUGAAACUCUGGAAGGGAUGUGAGCAAAAUGCACUUGAUUUAACACCUGGAUUUCACCACUGUCUUCUUUUCUCUCCACAUCCCAGGUAUCCCGCAAGAUUUGCCACCGCCCGCUCCUCGUAUUCCACUUACCUAACCUUCAGGUGCUGGAUGGAGUAACAGUCACUCCAGAAGAGAGGGCAAGGGCUGAAGUCCAUUUGCUAGAACAGCAAGUAAAGCACAAUUAUUAUAAUUAAGAUCUGCUUAGGCCUCUUACCGUUUUGGGGAGGACCGAGGCAGGUGUGAUUCUGUCAGCUCAGAAAUUGCCUUUGGUGUCUUCUUUUCCUCUUCCAUCCUUUUAAAAAUUCCAGCCUGUUUUUGAGUCGCAUUCAGGGGCAGCCAUGUUUGGGUGCUGGUAUCCGUGACAGUUCAGUAACGAGGGCUCUUUAGAUCCACACAGUGGCACAGCUACCUUGAGCUACUGUCAAGUCCCAAAGUGGCACAUACCACCCCACCCCCGGGUCCUGUUACCUGUCCGGAACGAUAAUCCCUGUGCACCCAAAGAACCAAAAUAACACUUUAUGACGGGGUUUGCAAAGUCAGAUCAUUCCUCUCUUUAUUUCUUUUUUUAAAAAACCACCUUCCUGCAGCACCAAACGACAUUGAACGUAUGCUUGCGAUUCACUUUUUAUUUUGAGUGAACCAUCCCUGCUGCCACCCUCGUUAUCGGGGGACAGUCAAAUUAGUCCCCACCAACCUUGUUGUUGUCGUUUAGUCGUGUCCGACUCUUCGGACCCCAUGGACCAGAGCACGCCAGGCACUCCUGUCUUCCACUGCCUCCCGCAGCUUGGUCAAAUUCAUGUUAGUAGCUUCGAGAACACUGUCCAACCAUCUUGUCCUCUGUCAUCCCCUUCUCCUUGUGCCCUCCAUCUUUCCCAACAUCAGGGUCUUUUCCAGGGAGUCUUCUCUUCUCAUGAGGUGGCCAAAGUACUGGAGUCUCAGCUUCAGAAUCUGUCCUUCCAGUAAGCACUCAGGGCUGAUUUCCUUAAGAAUGGAUAGGUUUGAUCUUCUUGCAGUCUAUGGGACUCUCAAGAGUCUCCUCCAGCACCAUAAUUCAAAAGCAUCAGUUCUUCGGCGAUCACCCUUCUUUAUGGUCCAGCUCUCACUUCCAUGCAUCGACCUUACUUGACAUAUAGAUGGGUACAGCCAAGAAGCGGCUUCUGGCAGAGAUUUUGGGAGGAUGGAUUGAAUGUGGCUGGGCAAAGGAUGGGGUUCGAAAGAAGGAGGAUGAAGGAGGAUGGCAGAGGAGGGAUGAAGGAGGAUGGCGGACUGGUUUAUGCGAUCGAUCGAGUGAGGCUUUGAGAGGUAAGACUGAACGAUGUGCGAUACAAGCUUCUCCUUGCCGCUUUCAGUGUAAGGUCAAAUCCUCACACUUGCCUGCGGGAGGUUUGUACGCUUGUGUAAUGUAAACAAGACCACACCAGAUUUUUAAGCUGUUGUGAUUCCAAUACGUGCGUCAGGAAGUGCAUGCAAUAUAAUUAUACUGUCGGUCCCUGAGUACGCUGCAACGUGCUUCCAGAGCUUCUAUGGGUGUGCAUGUGUGUGUACACAAAAAGUUGUAUAUAUGCAAGCAGUUAAUUUCAGACCAGUGAUGGUCUGAGCUACACCCCACAUCAUGUUAGCCCCGUGCAUUGACUGUGCUGGCUGGAGGUUGGUAGGAAUUGGAGCCCAUUGACGCCUGCAAGACCACAGGCUCCCACCCUUAUUUUAGACUCUGAGCUUAAUGGCCUUACAUCCCUCUUCCUUCAUUGCACAGGAUUGGACUAGAUAAGCUUUGGGGUCCUUUCCAACUCCACAAUUCUGUGAUUCUAGCAAUUCCUUUGUAGGAGGAGUACCAUUCUGUGAUACAUGUUUGUGCAUAUGUAAUUUGACUACAACACUAUUGGUAGCCUUUUAGGGGUGUAAUUUAGGGGUGUCCACCCACAGUCUCUAGCCCAGCUUUCGUCAACCUGGUUCCCUCAAUGUUUUCAACCACGACUCCCAAAUCUGGCUGGAGCUGAUGGGAGUUGUAGUCCAGAACAUCUGGAGGGCACCCGGUUGGUGAAGUCUGCUCUAGUCUGCGUGAAAACUCGCUCCGUUUAUGAUGCCCCAAGCCCCAGUCCGACAAACACAUUAGGCGACAUCUUUGCCAUGUUUACAGUAUCAGAAGCAGCGCCUGCCUCUUUGUAGAGCCAAGAGCUCAGCGGGUUGCCUUGCAAAAAUGAACACUGGUUCAUGUGUGUGUGUGUGUGUGUUUUGCUGCUUGAAGAUGUGGUGCUUUGUAUACAAGGCUUCUAAGUGCUGUGAAGCGGAUUGCAGCACGUUGUAAAUGCCUUUAUUUCCAAACUGACCUAUGCUUUUUAUACGUUGGACAUCACUUAAAAAUAAAAAACAUGGCCGUAUUAGUGCAGCUGCCGAAAGAGUGCUGAGGCCUCGCCUCUCUUAGGAGAGAGGGAUUUCUGGGUUUUUCAGAAAGCUUCAGUGAAGAUGCUCUGCCUCGUUAGCUAGAACAGAACUGAGGCAUUAUCUCAUUAGGCCACCGAAGUGGAACAACAAACGAUUUCUCGGUUUCCUUCGCAACAUAAAAACUGCUCUUUCCUAAGUGCUUGUUAGAAAGUUGAGAAGCAAGAUCUUCUGUCGUUUCUCUUUGAAAAGUACGUUUUUGGUGUUAAAUGUCACAGGGAAUUUCGCACGGGAGAAAGCAUCUUAAUUAGCGCCUUGUUUUCUUCCAAGGUGCUCCGGAAACAUUUUGGGAAUGGAAGCGGAAAACCAAAACAUUAGCCCCCAUCCCAACCCCUACAUGAGGGCAAAAAUGCUAUAAUGAUGAGCCAAAUAACGUAUAGAUUGUUCCCAAAAUCCCCUGAAUCAAUAAUAAUAAUAAUAAUAAUAAUUUAUUAUUUAUACCCCGCCCAUCCAAUGGUAUGGCCGGCCUUGAUUGUCAUCUUUCCCUGACGAAUGCAUUUCCUAGGCCUGCCCGACUCCUUUAUAAGUUGGAGAUACCCCGAGUUUAUGGCAUCCCUUGGAGAAGGGCUGGUAAAACGGGCGGGACAUGGUGACGUCACGCGGAAGAAUAUCGGUCUUUUGCUCCACCUCCUGCAAGCUUUGCUUGCCUGCAGGAUACUGCCAAGUGCAUAUCCAAUUCAAACUUUGGGUUGAAGUCCUAGCAGGUAUAGUGGUACCUUGGUUCUCGAACUCAAUCCGUUCUGGAAGUCCAGAACGAAGUCCAUUCAAAAUCCAACGGCUUCUGAUUGGCCCCAGAAACAAUGCUGACAGCUGAAACAGACGUUUGGCUUCCGAAAAACGUUCGCAAACCGAAGCACUUACUUCCGGGUUUGCGGCGUCCGGGAGUCGAUUUGCUCGACAACUAAGCCAUUCACGAACCGAGGUAUGACUGUGUUACAGUCCCAUCAAACUGCUCCUGGAACCAAGGUUCUGUAGACUGGGGGUCGUCCCCCCUGAUUCUAUGGGGCCUGUUGUAUUUCCUCAUUCCUUCAGCCCUACCUCUAUGAGUCACGGGCGGUCCGUGCUUCUGUGUGGAAUAAUAAUAAUAAUAAUAAUAAUAAUAAUAAUAAUUUAUUAUUUAUACCCCGCCCAUCUGGCUGGGCUUCCCCAGCCACUCUGGGCAGCUUCCCCAAAAAAUAUUAAAAUACAGUAAUACAUCAAACAUUAAAAGCUUCCCUAAACAGGGCUGCCUUCAGAUGUCUUCUAAAAGUCUGGUUGUUGUUGUUGUCUUUGACAUCUGGUGGGAGGGCGUUCCACAGGGAGGGCGCCACUACCGAGAAGGCCCUCUGCCUGGUUCCCUGUAACUUAGCAUCUCGCAGUGAGGGAACCGCCAGAAGGCCCUCAGAGCUGGACCUCAGUGUGCAGGCUGAAUGAUGGGGGUGGAGACGCUCCUUCAGAUAUACUGGACCGAGGCCGAUUAGGAAUAUUAAGAAGCACAUAAAAACGGUAUCGGCAAGAGUGGAAACGAAUUUUAAACCCUGAAGCCGAAGGCGGAGAAGGAAGCACUGGUGUUAAACACAAUCGACGUAAACUGGCGGCAGUUUCCGAAAGGGAUGCAUCUGUAGUUUCUUGGGCUCAGGCCCAGUAGGUGCCCAGUCAUGCUUGGCUCAGUGGAAAGGGGGAGCAUGAAAAAAAAUUGUGGCUCAACGUUGCUUCCCUUAGCAGGGAAACAGCUGCGGAGGACUGGGGAGGCAGCACCCAGCUGCUUGCAACAGGGCCCCUCCUGCUCAGAAGGAUCCCAUUCAUCUCUUUGCUUUGACCACUUGCAGAGGCUGCACCCAGAAAAUAUUAGCGGAGGACGUUUAGAAAUGGGCCAAUCUACUUCCUCUAGGGGGGAAAUAUAGCUCAGCUCAUUUGCAAACCAAUUUUAUGCGAUCCUGGGGGGAGCUCACCUGGGGGAAGGGGAUGCACCAGUUCUCAAAUCUCCUGCCCGUUUUUUAGGGUUUGUAUUUCAACUAGGUUUAACUACCGUAUUUUUUGCUCUAUAAGACUCACUUUUUCCCUCCUAAAAAGUAAGGGGAAAUGUGUGUGCGUCUUAUGGAGCGAAUGCAGGCGGCACACCUAUCACAGAAGCCAGAACAGCAAGAGGGAUUGCUGCUUUCGCUGCGCAGCGAUCCCUCUUGCUGUUCUGGCUUCUGAGAUUCAGAAUUUUUUUUUCUUGUUUUCCUCCUCCUGAAACUAGGUGCGUCUUGUGGUCUGGUGCGUCUUAUAGAGCGAAAAAUACGGUAUUUUAAAAUUCAUUGGUCUUUUGGUCACAGUCUAAAGGUGGGAUUCACUUUAAGAGGCCCAUCAGCAAAAGCCCAGCAUAAGAACUUCCAUUUGCACAAUGGGGCCUCGUUCUCCUUCCUCCCCACCAAAGAAAAAACCUGUGCUGGUGCUGCAGGAACCCGCCCCCCCCAAAAAACAUUUAGUUUGUACAAACUCGACACACACACUCACACACGACAUACGCAAUGUUUCUGUUAUAAAUUCAUAGAAAAUCAACCGUACAUCGGAUCUACACCGUUCCACUUUUAUUUUGCUCCAUGAAGGAAGGAUUAUCAAAGGGGGAAGGUUUGAUACAUGGCAGCCAUAAUCCCUUGAGCGUACCAAGACGUACUCAGGAGCCCUACCCAGUUGGCAUGCCAACCGUGAUGGUCCCAGACAGAAGACCAUCAAGGUCACAAAGAACUUGCAUAUGGGAGUGGAUUCAGCAUGGCCUGAGACAAAGGACAAUGAUCAGCUGUUCCCUCUGGGGGCAGGAUACUGCAAACUCCUCUUUGUCCUCUGGAAAGUACUCAUGGGGAGGGGGAAAGGUGGAACCGGCCAGGUGACAAGACACUCAGGUUACCACCACAACUCCUCCCUCAACCCCUCCUUUUUGUGAUGUGUCAAUGAUGCAAUCAUGAUGUAGUUGUGAUGUAGUUCUAGGGGUGUAGCUUGGGGGAUUAGUAGCUAAUAAAAGUUGGGGUCUUCUUUUGUUCAGGGCUUCCAUCUUGUUUCACCUGGUGGCAAGUGGGAGUCCUGUCACGACAGUCUUCAAUAAAGGCCAAGCCUACUGGCUGCUGUUUUGCUCUGGUAUUCCUGGCUGGUCUCCUUGUUUUUUGUCCAAGGGAGCCCUCCGAUUUCUCUGUUAACACUGGGGGAGCCUGCAAAACAGCACACAGUGCGGGAAGAGGGGGAAUUGUUCCAUCUGACAAGCCAAAAUGCUUGCGCAAGUGGGAUGUCCGUCGUAGUGUGACAUUUAACUCCAGCCUGUGAUCUUUCACAAAAAGGCAGAGUGUGGUGGAAACUUGGGGGGUGGCAAUGCAACCUUGUUUUACUCAAGAGUAGACCCACUAACAUUAAUGAGCAUGACUAAGUUAGGCUUCAGCUCGUGCUAAAGCAAAGCCAACAUAAUCCACUGAACUUUGCAGGAAAAUCCAACAGGGAAAGGCAGAAACAUGCUGGGAAGUGCAUUAAAUAAUAAUAAUAAAAAAAUUACAGAGGGCACUGAGGCAAACGCGUAGCCCUUGACCCUUGGCGGUGGAAUCUUGUGAGAGAGGAGAGGAGCAAAGCCUGAUGGGGAUUGUAGGUUUGGACACUGGGAGGAAACUUCUGAAUUGUAAGGUAGUCUCGCACAUAGUAGAAUACUUUUCUAAGGAGAAUGGAAAUGUAUCCUGCUUUGAAAUGAGAGUAGGACUGAGGAACCCUUCUUAGCCCAAGAGAUGAUGAUGAUGAUGAUGAUGAUAAUAAUAAUAAUAAUAAUAAUAAUAAUAAUAAUAAUAAAUAAUUUAUUAUUUAUACCCCACACCCGUCUGGCUGGGCUUCCCCAGCCACUCUGGGCGGCUUCCAACAAAAUGUUAAAAUACAGUAAUGCAUCAAACAUUAAAACAGAGCUGCCUUCAGAUGUCUUCUCUUUGACAUCUGCUGGGAGGGCGUUCCACAGGGCGGGUGCCACUACCGAGAAGGCCCUCUGCCUGGUUGCCUGUAACUUGGUUUCUCGCAGCGAGGGAACCACCAGAAGGCCCUCAGCGCUGGACCUCAGUGUCCGGGUAGAACGAUUAACUUUGGGGGGGCCCACAUGACCAUAGUAGUUGGGGUAAGUAACUUUCCCUCCCUGUUUCUUUGCGGCAUUUCCGAGCCUGAGAGACGAGACUUACUAAUACCCCUGAUGUCUCACCAUGUAGGUCUUUCCUCUUGCCAACUCUCCAAUAGACUGUGGAUUCCCCGUACUGCAGACUACUUUCCCCAAGCCUUGUCCCCUGAAGAUAGCCAACGUGAACCUGAAUGCGGGUAUCAACUAUUUAUAUGGGGGCGACUUUAUCGUCCCUCAUUCUGUGGAUGAGCUGGUUGGGAGCGAGUCCGUCAAAGGUGAGUGUCAAUGGGCCAUGAUGCUCUUAGUUUUUCUCUGGGUUAAGUCUCAGGUCUUCCACUUGGUUGGUUGAAGAUGGCACAACAGGGUCCCCUAGUCCAGCAUCCUGUUUUCGCACUGGAUAACCAGAAUUCUUCAAGCAGGAUUAGAGCACAAGAAAAAUUUUCCUGCAGUUUCCAGCAAUUGGCAUUCAGAAGCAUUGCUGCCUCCAACUGUGGAGGCAGAGCAAAGCCAUCAGGGCCUUCUCCUCCAUGAAUUUAUAGGGACAUGGGUGGCGCUCUGGUCUAAACCACUGAGCCUCUUGGGCUUGCUGAUCGGAAGGUCGGCUGUUCGAAUCCCAUGACGGGGUGAACUCCCAUUGCUCUGUCCCAGCUCCUGCCAACCUAGCAGUUUGAAAGCACACCAGUGCAAGUAGAUAAAUAGGUACCACUGCAGCAGGAAGGUAAAUGGCAUUUCCGUGCGCUCUGGUUUCCGUCACGGUUUUUCCGUUGCACCAGUAGUGGUUUAGUCCUGCUAGCCACAUGACCCAGAAAGCUGUCUGUGGACAAACUCCAGCUCCCUCUGCCUGAAAGCAAGAUGAGCACCGCAACCCCAUAGCCGCCUUUGACUGGACUUAACCGUCCAGGGGUCAUUUACAUUUACCUUACCAUAAAUUUGUCUAAUGCCCUUUUAAAGCCAUCCCAGUUGGGGGCCAUCCCAGCCUCCUGUGGGAGGGAGUUAUGCGGUUUAAAGAUGCGCUGCAGUGUCAAGGUCAAGCUGAGGUCCAGCACCAGGGACCAGUCCCGAGCCAAACAUCAUCUAAAGGCAGAAUCGCCCAAAGAAGCAGCCUGGUUCAGUUAGCUGCCUGCAGCCUUGUUUUCCCUUUCAUAACCUUGGCUCCUCUCGCUUGGUGUAAAACGGGGGUCGGCAAGGCUUACCGGGCAUAGGCCAGAUCACCCCCGCAGAUAUCGUCCGUGGGCCGGUGCAGCGCAACAAUGGAAAUCGCAUCUGCGCAUGUCCGUGGUGCCGGAAAUUGCUUCUGCGCAUGCCCAGACCCUGUUGGCGUCUGGGCAUGCGCAGAAGUGAUUUCCCGCACUGCGGACAUGCGCAGAUGCGAUUUCCGGCGCUGCAGACAUGAACAGAUGUGAUUUCCAGUGUCUGGGCGUGCGCAGAAGCGAUUUCUGGAGCUGUGGAAGAGAGUCCCUGCACCCUGCCAUGCCUUGCCAGUUUAGCACAGUGCGCAUGGACUCGCCAAGCUGGCGGCUCGGUUCAGGGGUGGCUCAUGGGCCGGUUAAGCGACCCUCAUGGGCCGCUUCCGGCCCAUGGGCCUUAGGUUGCCAACCUCUGGUGUAAAACAAUGGCGACCCUAAGUUUGAAAAUUGCCAAUUUUACAGUUCCGCUUUCAGGUAAGAAAUCCAAGAACGCCGCACAGGGCGUGUGUAACCCUCGGAGCAUCCAUGCGGAGGUCGCCAUCAGGCAAGUCAGAGCUGCCUCAGCCAACCUGCCAGCCCACGGGGCACCACAGAGCGGCCCCUCUGGAACCACGUAAACCUGCCACACCAGCUAGUAGAGUGCAGGUAUGCGACUGAGCACACUGUCUUCCUCUUUCUCUUUCUCUUGGUGUAAGCUACGUUUUGCAGACUCCCUUAUGUCACUCCUCUGGCUGAAAAUAAAGGACCAAAUGCAGAAUACAUACAUAUUUUUCGCUCUAUAAGACACACCAGAUCAUAAGACGCACCUAGUUUUUGGAGGAGGAAAACAAGAAAAAAAAUAUUCUGAAUCUCAGAAGCCAAACAAGAGGGAUCACUGCGCAGCGAAAGCAGCGAUCCCUCUUGCUAUUCUUGGUUCUGGGAUAGCUGCACAGCCUGCAUUCACUCCAUAAGACGCACACACAUUUCCCCUUACUUUUUAGGAGGGGGAAAAGUGAGUCUUAUAGAGCAAAAAAUUCGUUAUAUCAGCAGGGGAAGAAGACUUCUAAAGAGUCAAGGAUAGCUCUCCAUUUUUUGCCUGGGUUUUAGUGGUUUUAUCCCACUAAAGUCCUCCUAAGUUAAGGUUGCCUAACCUGUGGCCAGGCGUGCCAACUUGAAUAAAAUAUGGGGGGGGGUGACAGGUAAGCCACAGUCCACAUAAUCACAGGACCACAAUCACAUCACACCAUCUGAAUGGCAAUGCCCAUCAACUUUGAGGGGGGCCAACUCCCUCAAAUAUUUUAUGGGGUGGGGGGCUAAAUGGACCUCACUCCCAUCAACCCCAGUCGGCCUGCUCAAUGGUCGGGGUGAUGGGGGCUGCAGUCAAGCCCUACUCUAAGGGCUUAGUGUCAUGUGUGUGGUUCUUUUCCUCCUCUUUUAGGCUCACCACAACCCUGUGAGGUUUACCAACUAGCCAAAGGUUGCCCCAAUGAACUCCAUGGCUAAGUGCCGAUUUGAAACUGGAUCGGCCUGGCACUCUAACCACCAAAUUGAUCUGGCACUGUGUCAAUUCCAUAUUUUUGCACUCGGAUCAUUGAUACAAGAUGCUAAAAGUGGCUCUGGGUUCCACCUUUUUCCCUCCAUGCAUGGUGUAUUAGAAAACAGUUCUUGUCUGAAAUGGGAUAGGAAUGAAGUUAAUUCUUAGUUAAUUCGGCCCUUGGCAUCGUUGGUUUUUGUUGUUGUUGUUAAGCUGUGCUGCUUAGAUGGGAGAAUAAAAAUUGAAUGGGUAGAUGGCAAGAAUGAUCUUGUAGGCAAUAAGUUAUGGAAACUUGGGACAUAGUCUGUGAUUUGUGAUGGGGAAGAAACGUAGUUUUGUUUGAGUUUUAAUGAUAAAUUAUCUAAUUUAUCUCAAAUCGAUAUGUGAACUCAAACAGCUAUCCCUUGAAAUUUGCAUUUCUCCAGAUUUUGUGAUGGGAGUUCUCCAAGCAACCAGUGUGUAAAAAAUAUAUGAGGGGUAAUUGCUCUGUAUAUUAUAUGUGCAGAUUAGACAAAACUGCAUACCCAAAUGUGAUUAUUAGAAGUUUGCACUAAAAUGCUGGUGAAUUUUCACGAGGAUUUCAUUUUAAAUCAUUGAUUGUUAUGGAAAUGAGAAGAACAGAGUUUAAGGUUAGGAAAAUGAGAAACACAGGGAAUCCAAAAAAGACAGAUUUGCCUAUUUAUUUCUGUUGGAGGGUACAUAAUAUAGCCAUCUUCCAUAAGCUAAAAGGUUUAGGUGGGUCUGGUCAGAGCCUAGUACACGCUGCCCUCAGUUACACAAGAUGUACCAAAUAGUAUGUACCAAAUAAAUAAAAUCACCUGUUCAUCACCUGUGUCACAGAAACUCCUGUAGCAUCUCUGUUUUGAAUUAAUAUAACCCUUCUCAUUUGACUUCCUUUCUUUUCCUUUCAGAAACGGUGCAGAAACGGAUCGAACAAAUUGUAAAUAGCUGCAAGAGGAACGAACGCUAGUUUUGACACUGAUUUACAUUUGUAUCCAGAUGUUUGCUUUCCCAAUUUGAGUUACACCCCAGGAGAAUUUGCUCCAUAAUUUCACAUUUUAUAUCUUCGAUCAGAGACUGAAAUGAAUGAACUGAUUUAAGUUUCUUAAGGUUGAUGAAGCAUGCCUGGGUUUUUUUCCCCCCAGAUCCAGGACUGAGUAGGAUACUCUGGAUGAAAUGGGACUCUUAGGCUCCAGUUAACAUGUGACUAUUGGUAGUGCAAUCAGUUCUGUCCAUAAAAAACCAACAACAACCAGAAUGCAAAGCAGCCUUCGGGGGGGACAUUAACAGCUGGAAGAGUGGCAGGGAGAGGGGCUGCUUAACCCUCUCCCUUUCUUUCAUUUGUCUGCUCAAAAGCGCCUCCCUCUCCCUCUUCCACCUAUGUCAGAAAAUAACCAGCAGCAGACGGUGGCUGGAUGGGAGUGGUGAUGCUCACCUGACCUCCCGACAGCUGCAUUGCUGCUGCUUACCCAGAGACAGAGAAGUCGCAGGAACGUCAGUGUGAUGCAGAUAGAGCAGCCGAGCUAAUCCUGUGCUCCUGCUGGUGUGUUUGCACUGAGCCAACCUCCCUGGUGCUUGACCCUUCUCUGUCCCGAUAAGCAGCAGUGACUCUGUGGUCAGGAGGUCAGGUGAGCGCUACCUCUGCACCAUGCUUCCCCCUACUGGAAACUAUGUUUUCUCCCCUAUAUUUUCGCUCCCCGGAAAAACAUUGAGGAGACGGGCAAACAGCAGGAAGGAAAACAGAUUUAACAGCUCCUCUGACACUUUCACUCCUCUGCCCAGGCUGAUUUGGACUUUAUACCUUUAUGAAAACAACCACACAAUUGACCUCCACGUGUAGUUUUAGCCUCAGCACUGUUGUACUGCAAAUCAGGGGUGUGCCUUAGCUAUCAGUGGAAAAGAUGAGGCUCCAUGGGAGCCCAUGUUUAUUCCAGAUUUAAUACAUAACUGUUGACGGAUUGUGGAUGGAUAACCGUACUAGCAUUCGUCCCCUUAACCUGACCUUAUGGUGUUGUUCCAUUUUAAUUAGACUUGGGGUUGAGUACAAGAUGUAACUGUUACGGUCGCAUAAGGGUUUUCUGAUGGAAGCAUUGUUGGCAGGGGCAGCUUUGGAGAAAAGAUAAUAGCAAGGAAUAAAUUGAAGUUGACAUCCAUUCCUAAAAUACGUCGGCUCAGGAUAUGGAAUUCAUAUGGGAGACUGUCCUUGUAACAAGUGAUGAAUGAAAAUAAUAUAAUCGGAGAGCAGAAAAUGUGAGUUGGUGAUUAUAGAGUUGGAAGGGACCCCAAGGGUCUAAUAAUAAUAAAAAAUUAUUUAUAUCCU